UGGUUUUUGCUCCUCAGAUACUCCUCCCUGAUCUUUCGCUCCUGUCUUUAGUCUCCUUCUAGAAAACAUGAGGACCUGUUCUGUUUAGACCUUAGUGAUCCUGAAGACCGUGUUUGUGGAUCAGAUGAUCUUCCAGAGUCUGCUCUUCGGCUCACUGCAGGAGGAGGUUCCUGACUAAGAGGUUCUGGUGAGUCUCAACUUUGUUAUCUGAAGGAUUCUCUUCUUCUGCUGUUAAAUCCUGCCUGAUGUGUUUGUGGGGGGUCUCAGUUUCACUGUAGCUGGUGAGUUUCACUGAGAGUUUACUCAGAGGUGGAAAUCUAACAAGUCUGUUUACCGUCUGUUUCCAUGACACUCCAGAAAACCGAAUUAUCGCCUUAUUCCGAUUCAGACCGGACCACUGAAGUGCAUGUAAACACCUUAGUCUGACUAAAAUCGGAGUCGGAGAAUUCCGAUUUUAGUCAGACAGAUAAUGUGAUUGGAAUUCGAUUUUUUUCAACCAUGUAACCGGCGUGGUCGGAGUAUGCAGUCUUAUUAACUCCUCAGUAAGGAAAGAUGCAGGUCGCUGUCGUAAAAGUUUCUAGAUGAUGUCAUCACCUAAUUUGCAUAAUUUCUCAGUCAACCCCUCUGUCGUCGCCGACCCCCCCACCCCCGGGAGGAGGAGGAGGAGUCUUCCGCAGUGUGUCUGAGAAGAGUAACAUCUAUACCUGCGUUUAUGUCGGAGUCUCUAAACUCCAGAAAAAGUCGAUUUGUUGCUAGGUCCUUUUUUGAAAAUAAGAUGCUCGGGGGUCUGAAGAGUCGCUAAAUCUAGUGACUAAGUCUACGUUCAGACUGCAGGUCAUUCUGAUGUUUUAACCAUCUGUGACUCAUAUCUGAUUUUUUCAUCUAAGUGUGAACAGGUCAGUUCUGAUUGGUUCUGAUCCGACCCUCUUCUGUAUGUGGAUAUAAAUCAGAUAUGUAUCUGAUGUGACUGCAGUGUGGACGCUCAGGUCAAGUUCAUCCGACCUUUACGUCAUCAAUGUGAGACAAACGUCACCAUUGUUCAACACAAACAGGCGUGGAGAGAUAUUUGUGUGCAUGAGGGUCACUUCACAAUGAAGCUGUGGUCACAGUGAAUUCAGAACUUUGACAAAGUAAAUGUCCUGAAAUGUUGAUGGAGUAUUGAUAUCAAUAUGUCAAUAAAAAAGAAAACAAGUGUCCUGAAACUGCCACCGUACAGAGUAUCUAUGAUGAACAUCUUACAGUUCUUUGUCUCAGUGAGGACCAGAGUCUAAACAGGUGCACACACACACACACACACACACACACGCACACACACACGCACACACACACACACACACACACACGCACGCACACACACACACACACACACACACACACACACACACACACACACACACCCAGUGUAGUUUUUUUGUGUGUUUUUAGGUCACAGGUGAUUUUUGCUGCUCGUUCUUCCUGUUUGAAACUAUAAAAGAGUUUUUGUUUAUUUCACUGACAGAGUUUCUGAAGAAGAACCUGAUCAGAAAAGAUCCACCUGGAUAUAAACUCACCGACAGGUACGACUUUACCCAGCCUGACCUCUGUCACAUGACCCCUCACCGCUGACUUUGUCGAUCUGACGUCAGUUUUUCUGAAAUCUAAACUCUGAACUCUGAUUGGUCAGGUUUGACGAAGGACCGCUUUACUUAAAAAGGAUCACCGACAGAAAAGGAUUCUGGGAAAUUUUCUUUACAAAAGCAGCGCCAAAGGAAAUCUUUAUAAAUCAGGACUGGAUCCCAGGACCGAACAUUCAAGCCUGAAGUGGACAAGAUGGACUCUGAGAGGUCAAAGGUCAGUUUCAUUAACGUUUACGACACACGUUUGAAAAUGAAUAAUUAGAAAAAAAAUCCUGAAAAUAAAAUGAAAAAAUGACGAACACCGAAAAGUUUUUUGUAAAAAAGGGAAUUCUAAAAAAGAUAUUAACAAAAAAACCCUCAAAAAUAAAAAAAGCGAAAAAUUUAGAAUCUUAAUGAAAAUGGACUUAAGAAUAUUUUUAUUGAAAAAAAGAGCAGAAAAAAAAGCAAAUGACAAAAAAAUUGACAAAAAAACUAAAAAAAUGAAAAAGAAAAGAAUAAAUAAAUAUUAGAAAAAUUUUGAUUUUUUUUUUUUUGAAUUUUUUUUUAUUUUGAAAAUGGUAUUGAAUAUUUUUACAGAAAUAAAGAGCAGGAAAAAUUAAAUCACAAAAAUAAACAAAAUAAAAUUUAACAAAAUAAGUUAAAAAGUUUAAUUUGUGAAAAUUAAACAAGUAUGGUUUAAUUUAAAGGAAAUAAGAGUUAAAUUUAAGAGACAAAGAAAAACUGAGUGAAUAAAAAUAUAAAGGAAAAAUUAAUUUUGAACUUUGAUUUUUGAUUUAAGUUUCUCAAGCUGAAAAAAUAUCUUGCAUUAAAAUGAUCUUUUAGCAUUAUGGUGCUGAUAAAACCGAGCUGAUGAAACGGGCAGCAGUUUUAGUCACAGCGUGUUUUACAGUGUGAAUAAUCAGGGUGGAAACAAACUUUAUUUCAGCAGAGGAACCAAACUGACGGUUCAGACCGGUAAGAUCAGUGAUUUUAAUGAUUUUACAGGAUUUUAACAACAUUGUUUUUGUUAAUUCACCUUAAUUAGACUUUUUGUAAGGAUAUUUGAUCAAUCUAACGAUGAAACAACAACUCUGUCACAGAAAUCAAAUAAAUCUCACCAUUUUAAAUACUCAAUUAAGAGUCAUUUUAACCAGGAAAGACUGUGACAAAGGAGGAAAAGUGAAAAAGGAAACAUUUAUGUGCUAAUAAAUAUAAUAAAUAUAAAAGAAAACUUAUAAAAGAUGAACACAGUCAACAGUUCAGACGGCAGUUUAUGAGAGAUUAAGAAUUAUUUUAGGAGUUAAAAUGAGUUAAAAAAAUAAAACCUUAAAAUCUUCGGCUGGUUUCAGCUGAAUGUUCGGUAAACUCAUUCAGGGUCCAGACCUUAAAUAAAAACCAAACAGUCUGAAUAACGACAUUUAAAAAAACUAAAACAGACUUAAGUCCUUUUUUAAAAUCUGCUGCUGAAUACGUGGUAAAUUAUCUUCAAUUUUAAAAAAGGCUCAGACUGUUUUUUUUAAUUCACAAAGACUCACUGAGACGCUCAGCAGCAACAGUUUUGGUCACAGCGUGUUUUACAGUGUGAACGAUCAGAGACUUUAUUUCAGCAGAGGAACCAAACUGACCGUAGAGAGAGGUAAGUGCUGAAGUUUUAAUGAGUGAACAUUUUUAACUGAGUCUGUUUAACUUUUAAAAGAGUUUACUGGAUCUUUUUAAAGCUGAGUUCAGACUGCUAACAUUAAAAAACAUCUUCUUAGUUUGAAACUGAGUCACUAUUUUAAAAACCAACCUGAAGUUUAGAGGCAGAGAAACUGUCAAUCAUCUGCAUAAAUAAACCGUUCAAUAAAAAGUGUUUAUGUCGAGUUAAAUCGGUUUAAAAGAUAACAGUAGUUAUUCUAACAGUGCAGCAGUUUUUGUCACAGUGAGUUUUACAGUGUGAAGGAUCAGGGAGGAUUUAAAGUUUACUUCAGCAGAGGAACCAAACUGACCGUUCAACCCGGUAAGAUUUUAGAUAAACACUUUAAAACGAGUAAAAAGUCUUUAUCUGCUCUGUUCAGUUUCAUUGUGAUAUAAAGAAAAAACAAACAAAGUCAAAUUAAAGAGUAACAGGCACAAAGAUGGAGAGGAGCUUUAAAAUAAAAAGGUGAAAUAUUGAGUUUAUUAUUUAGUGAAACUGAAAUAUUCAGACUCACAGAGGCAGCAGUUAUUGUCAGAGUGUGUUUGACUGUGUGAACAGUCAGGGAUACAAACUUUACUUUGGCUCCGGGACCAAACUGACGGUUCAAACAGGUGAGAUUUAAAAUGUUAUAUUUCCAAGAAAACAGACUUAAGACGUUUACUGAGUUAAUUCUAAACAGUUUUACCUGAAUCUUAUUAAAAAAGGGCAGAAACACAUUCAGUCUGUAGAUUUAACAUCAAAUAAAACAACAAUCAAAGUCGAAUAAUAAAGUCAAAGUAAAAGGAUAAAGUCAAACUUGAUCAAAGUCGUAUUUUUUGGAUAAAUGAGCAAAGAAAGUCUGAGAAAGGCGACAGGACAGUUAUUGUCAGAGCGUGUUUGACUGUGUGAAUAAUCAGGGAUACAAACUUGACUUUGGCUCCGGGACCAAACUGACGGUUCAAACAGGUGAGAAGUGAAAACUCUGAUAUUAGAUUUUAACAUUAGGAGAGAUAAAUGAACAGAAUGAUUGACAGAUGACAGACAGGAGAGUAAAACAUAAAACUGUGAACAGAAAUAUUUGACAAAAAUCACUAAUCUGAAAUGAGACAAUGCAGAUUAGAUUAAAACGACACAAAAGUAAAUAAAAAUAAUAAUGAGGAGAAUCUGAACGGAAAAAUAACUUUUCAAAGAUUUCAUAAAGAUCAGUGAGAGUGUGAGGGUUUUUAUCACAGCGUGUUUGACUGUGUGAAUCGAGGUUCAGCAGACCGACUUUACUUUGGCUCUGGGACCAAACUGACGGUUCAACCCGGUGAGACUGAAAAUGAACUUUAUAAUCUGUCUGAGUUUAUUUUAAUGUCGCAAGUUUGAAAAUGUGAAUUUAAAGAACAAACUCAAGACUGUCAGGAUUGUGAGGAGCUUUGCUGAAUAGAAACGUGGUUCAUGACGUCCUUAAGAAGACGUAAAAAUGUGGAAAAUUAAAACCGAUUAAGAAAAACUAAAACAAAUAUGUGCAGAAAUCAAGAGAGAGGGACGCUGACUGAAAACAACUUCUGAAGACACACAAAGUUCAGACUGAGGAAUUACAGAGUGAGUUUUUUUUUUAUGACACGAAACCACAACAUGUGAAAUCUUUUAACUUUUAAGUCAAUUUUACAUUUUUUUAAAGAUUUAACUUUAAAAGUUUCACUGAUCCUAAAAAUCUUCGUUUUCCUCUAAACACGACUAAAAACAGUUGAUUCAUUACAGCUGAUAAUUUAGCUUUUUGGCAGAUGUGGGCUUCUGUACUGAGUCUAAAAUUGAAGUAGAUGUAAAUAAGUGUGUUAGAAGUGUGUCUGAGAGUGUGUGAGGUUUAUGUAUGAGUGUGUGUGUCGGUGUGUAUGGAUCUGGAAAUAAGCUGAUCUUUGGUGACGGUACGAAGCUCACGGUGUCCACAGGUCGGUGAACAUAUUAAAACGUUUUCACUGAAAGAGUUUUAAGGUUAAAAUCACUGAGAAGUUUUAAGUCUGCGGGUUUGUUCCUUCAGUUUAAGAGAGAAAAGCUUUUUAAAAGAUAUUUCAGAGUUGGACGUUGAAUUUUAAAAAGUUAAAAUAUUGUAGAAGAGUUUAAUGGGAUGUAAAAAGAUAAAAAAAUAAAAUAAAAAUCAUCAGAACUCUGACAGUUAAAACCUUUUGAAUCAGCAAAGAACAAAACUGUCAUUUAAAAUAUUACAGACAUUUAAAAACCUUAAAAAAAAACUGUUAUUGUUAAAAUCCAGGGGAAUGAAUCCAUCCUCAGAUCGGUUAAAAAAUGAGAUUUUAAUGUUUGCAAAUAUAUCCUGAUAUUUGAGUGACCUUUAAAGACUCUGACUGUUCAGGAUGAUUUAAGCGACUCUGAUUUUAAAGAAUCGUUUUUUAGUCGCUGACUCUGUAUGUGGUUUUUGUCACGCUGUCUGUGACGGUGUGAACACUGGGACUGUGGGUAAACUGCUGUUUGGAUCAGGCUGCAGACUGAACGUCCAGAAAAGUGAGUUUAACGGCAAAUAAUUCACAUUAAAUCUCUUUUUUUAACUUCAAUCAGCCUCACCGAGGUAAUAAUUCAGAGUCACUUCAGCUCUGAAACUUUACAGAAAUGUUCCUUUGAAUAAAAACUAAAUUCUGAUAAAAGAAGCAGAAUUAUGAGAAUUAUGAGAAUUGGGAUAAUGAAAUCAAACGACCAACGUAGAAAUGAAACUAUAAAGAAGAAUAUGAGGAUCUGCUUUGAGUCUGUUUGAGGUUUUCUGUCAGCUGUCAGUCACAGUGUGAAUGUCGGCACUGAUAAAAUCGUUUUUGGGAGAGGAACUCGGCUGAUGGUCGACUCCGGUAAGAUCAAAUCAACUUUACCAUCAAGAUCUGAAAUGUUGGAUAAAUUCAUGAUCUUCAACAGCAAAAUCCGUCAGUUAUUUGGAUUAUUUCUGAUGAUAAUUAAGCUCUGAAAGUCUAAAGUAGUCGAACUCUAAAGACGAUGUUAGCAGUAAAAAUAAACGAUUUGGAGAAAUUUCAGCAGAAAAUCAAAGUUAAAGUUCCUCUGAGUGUUAAUCUGUCCGGACAGAAACAAAAAGGAUUACUGAUCAUAAAGGGACUCAGCGGAUCCUCGACUCUGGUUAGAAAAUAGAUAUGACUUCAAAUAAAUCAAAAACUUUCCACCCCUGAGAAACUUUCAAAAGUUUCUUGAAUUUAGCUGCAGGUUUCCGUUUGGAUGCUGAGAUGUAUUUUUCUCACUUUUUGCACCUUUUUUUAAUCUUCUUAAAGUUAAGAAAUUUUAACUUGAGCAGAUUUAUAAUUAUCUCAAAUCUUUUUAGUAGAUUUUUUCACUUUAUAAUCACCUUUUAAAGAGUUUCAGCUGAACUCUGAUCGGUCUGAGGUUUUUGUACUGAGACUCCACACGGUGUGAAAACUGGAGGCUUCGAAAAACUCUUGUUUGGAUCAGGAACCAGACUGACCAUCGAGUACAGUAAGAGGCAUUUUUAAGAAUAUUUUAGUUAAAAUCUUUUAUAAUUAUUACACUGUAAAAUAUUAAAGUCAGAGACACUUAGUCUGAAGCAGAAUAUGAAGCAAGAAAACCCUGAAAGUAAAGUUAGACGGAGUAAAAUUGGAUCUGAUAAUCCUGUGAAGUUUCAGGCGUUAAAAAGAGAAGAGAGAGUUUGAAUAAAGAAUAAUAAAAAUACAGCCUUUAAACAUUUCUGUGACAUGAUUUAAAUAUUAAACAUAUUAACUUACUUCAGCUUUUACUUCUCAAACUUUUACUUUAAGUCUUAUUAAAAAGCUGAUAAAACUGUAAAAUAACUGAUCUAAUUUUAGAGCUUAAAGGUUUUCAGAAAUGGUUCAUAAAAAAAAUGAACAACCAUCAAACCUUGAAAGUCAUGAUACUUAAAAUCGUUCCUCUCAAUAAGGUUUGGUUCAGAGUGUCAGUCUGUCUAGUUUGUGUUAUGGUGCGUCGUGUUGUGUGAAUACUGGGGCUGCAAAUAAAAUCUACUUUGGCAGAGGGACCAGAUUAACCAUCGAACUGAGUGAGUAAUAAUCUGGAUUUAUUAUUUAUUAACUAAAGGUAUCGUAUGUUGGUUCUUAAAAAUCUGAUGUUAGACAUUUCCAGAAGAUACCUGGAAAAAAAAAAAAGCCAACUACCCAGUAAAUUAAUAUUUAAGUGAUGAUAUUUAAUAAGAUUAUCAUCUAUAUAAAUAGUCUGUAAAACACAAUUAAAAGAGUUUGAUGACACAAAUAACAAAAGCAAUCUUAUCAGGUUUUAAGAUGUUAUUUAAAAAAAAUAUAUAUUAUACUUCAGACAGACAAACAUUAAACUUUAGUUUUUCAGACAGAAUUAAAUCAUAUCAGGAUCUCCUCAGCACUAAAAAAAUUCUACCAAAUAACUUAUUGUUUCAAACUGAUGUGAUUAUAUAAGUUAUAGUUUCACGUCUUAAAAUCUCAUUUUUCUAAAUGAGGUUUGGUUCAGAGUGUCAGUCUGCAGAGUUUGUGUUAUAGUGUUUGACACUGUGUGUAUGCUGGAACAAAGAUCAUCUUUGGUGGUGGGACCAGACUAACCAUUGAAACCAGUAAGUUCUGAUAUUUAUGGUCAAUUCACACUUUUAGCUCAAGUAUUGAUAAUAAGAGAUAACUCAGAACAAAACGGUGAUUGGAUCAGAGAUCCCAGUCAGACUUUACAGAUUUAAGAGUCCGAAUGAAAAAACAGUUAAGAUCAAAGUUUGAUUAAUUUAACAACGUCCUUUUCUUUAAAAACAUUUAAUCCAAUGAAAACCUUGAUUAAACCCAACAUAAGAGCCAAAAAUGUAGUUUUUUUUAAGUGGGGUUUGGUUCAGUCUGUCUGUGGAGUUUGUGUUCUGGGGUUUGACAUUGUGUGAAUGCUGGAGGUCUAAAUAAACUCUUCUUUGGAGGUGGAACCAGAUUAACCGUUGAACCCAGUAAGUAGUUACUGACACUUUUAUUUAUUUACCAUAGGUUUCCUUUCAUCUGAAUGUUGUUAUAAUGCAGAUACUCGUAAAAUUUGCUGAAAUGCUUCUUUAGGUUUCUAUACUGAGUCGUGAUCAGGUCUGAAUGACAUGUAGGUUCACAUAUUAAAUAAAAAUAAGUAUAUAACAGUAAAAAAUAAUCACUGAUUAAAUGACAGUUAUUAGAAAAUAAGUCCCAGCUGUUAAAAUGCUGUUUUUUCUAAUGAGGUUCAGUAUGUCAGGUUCUGCGGAGUUUAAGUUAUGGUGCGUCAUGUUGUGUGAAUACCAACACAAAUAAAUUCACCUUUGGAAGUGGAACCAGAUUAACCAUUGAACCCAGUAAGUACUGGUGGGAAUUAUAAACUUUAUUGAUCUAUCUCAAGUUUUUGUUGUGUCGUAUUUAAAAUGUUUACCUUCAGCAUCUGUUGAACAUUUGUCGUCUUACAGAAGUUAAAAUAUUUUAAAUCACUUUUAACAGGAGAGGGAAUGUUUUACCUCACAGAACUGUCAGGAGUUUUUGAACCUGGUUUUAAGUUUUAAUCAGAGUUUUGAAGUUUGUGUUGAUUUAGCUGAUCAGGAACAACGUCAAAGUUUCUGCUUUGGUUCUGGUUCUCUGUUGGUGGUCCAGUCCAGUCGGUCUCCUCCUCUGCCUGUUCAGUUAAACAUGUUUUAUCAAUGAAAGCUGCUGAAAGUGAUGGAAAUGUUUAUUCAGGUCUGUAAAACAGAAAGGACUAAAAAAAAAAUCUCUAAAGUAAAUCAGUGAAUCGUCUGCAUAUUGAGUUUCUCAGUGAGGUUUGUGUCGUGAAGCUUCAGACUGUGUGACUUACGAGAAGAUUAUCUUUGGAAGAGGAACCAGACUUCAUGUUGAAGACAGUAAGAUGGAUGAUUUUUAUUCUUGUUUUUAAAAAUCUGACUUCAUAGGAAACUUUUUGGGCAGUGAGAAACGUGUUGAUCUGAUGGUUUAUUCAGUUUGUAUUUUAUACUCGGAGACAAAAGGUCCUCUUGCAGUAUUCCUGCUCUACAGUCGUCUAAAGUUAAAACUGAAGUUGUCUUUUUAACAUGAAAAUAUUAUGAUUUUAACAGCGGUUGGAUGUUUUGAACACACUGUUAAUUCUUCAAAAGUUCUCUGCAUGAAAAUCGUUCCUCUAAAUAAGGUUUGGUUUGAUGUGUCAGUCUGCAUAGUUUGUGUUAUGGUGCGUCAUGUUGUGUGAAUACUGGGGCUAGAAAUAUCUACUUUGGCAAAGGAACCAGAUUAACCAUCGAACCGAGUGAGUAAUAAUCCAGAAUAUUAUUUACCAACUUAAGUUUUCUCGUGUUGGUUCUUAAAAAUCUGAUGUUAGACUUUUCCAGAAGAUAUCUGGAGCAAGAAAAUGUAAAAAAAAAAAGUCAUAUUAAACCCCCACCCAAAAGGCCCCCAUUGUUUUUGUGGUUUUCCUUAAUCUCCAAAUAUUCAAAUAUUUCCUCGUAUUUUUGUCAACGAUAUUUUGGUUCUGUGUGUUAGUUGGUUGAGUUUGUGUUGUGGUGUUUCAUGUUGUGUGAAUACUGGUGGUGGAACUAAACUCCUCUUUGGAAGUGGAACCAGACUAAAAAUCGAGUCCAGUAAGUGCUAAAUAUUUUAUAAAUCUCCCAGAACGACAUGAAGUCAGUCUUUACUGGGUAUGAACUCAGACAAACCAGAACAGCACUGGAACAAAACCACUGGACCUCAGCCCGGCCCAUGAACUGAACAGCUGCUAAAACUGAUAUGAAACAUGACUAAUGUACUUCUUUAGAGUCACACAGUCAACGCUUGUUAAAAAUAACCUUCAAAUUUGUUGGAGGGAUAUAUUAAAAUAAUAUUAAGUAACAGGAAUUUAAAAAAAAAGCAUUUUUAGUUGAAUAAUGAAAAAGAACUAAAAGAAACGCAAACAAAACAACAGCAUCUAAAUAAAAAUGAAUUAUAAAAAACUGUAUUUAUAUAUCAUGAUAAUCCAGCACUUAGUUUAUUAUUACCUAUAUUUUCGUACAACAGUUAAAGUUUGUUAAGUAGUUGUUAAAUUUUACUGAUAUCAAAGCAGUAAAAAUAUGUUGAAAAUCAUUAAUUUGAUGUAAAAGUUUAUUCUAAUAGUUAAAAGUUCUGGAUGUCAACAUGUUGUUUUUCUAAAUACUUAGUCUGCAGAGUUUGUGUUAUGGUGUUUAACAAUGUGUGAAUGAUGGAGGCUACAGUAAAAUAAUCUUUGGAAGUGGAACCAGAUUAACCAUUGAAACCAGUGAGUAGUUGUUGGUAUUUUUAUUGAACAAUAUAAAGGUCACUGUUUUGUAAAAAUAUAAAAAUUUACCGAGACGUGUUUCUGAUGAAUCAGGAUCAAGUUAUAAUACCAUGGAGGUUCAAACAUUAAUUUAAAAAGAAGUAACUGUAAAACUCAAACACUUUUUCAAUAACUUUAUUGAUCGAAUAGGAGAAGAAGUCCCUGUUGUUAAAAUGCUGUUUUUCUUAGUGAAGUUUGGUUCAGAGUGUCAGUCUGCAGGGUUUGUGUUAUGGUGUUUAACGAUGUGUGAAGAGUGGAAACUACGGUAAAAUGAUCUUUGGAAGUGGAACCAGAUUAACCAUUGAAACCAGUGAGUAGUUAUUGGUAUUUUUAUUUACCGGAUGUGUUUUUCAAUAUAAACGUCAAUGUUUUGUAAAAAUAUAAAAAUUUACUGAGACGUGUUUCUGAUGAAUCAGGAUCGAGUUAUAAUACCAUGGAGUUUCAAACAUUAAUUAAAAAAAAGGAAACUGUGAAAUUUAAUCAUUGUUCCAAUAACAUUAUUGAUCGAAUAGGAAAAGAAGUGUAUGCGUCAGUCUGCAGAGUUUGUGUUAUAGUGUUUGACACUGUGUGUAUGCUGGAACAAAGAUCAUCUUUGGUAGUGGGACGAGACUAACCAUUGAACCCAGUAAGUUCUGAUGUUUAUGUUCAAUUCACACUUUUAGCUCAAGUAUUAAUAAUAAGAGAUAACUCAGAACAAAACAGUGAUUUGAUCAGAGAUCCCAGUCAGACUCUUGGGAUUUAAGAGUCCAAAUGAAAAAAAUACACUUCAGAUCAAAGUUUGAUUAAUUUACCAACAUCCUUUUCUUUAAAAAGAUUUUAUUCAAUGAAAACCUUGAUUAAACCCAACAUAAGAGCCAAAAAUGUAGUUUAUUGAAGUGGGGUUUGGUUCAGUCUGUCUGUGGAGGACAGUGGAAGGAUAUAUCAAAAUAAUUAUGUCAUUAUCAGGAAUCAAUAAACAAGCAUUUUUAGUUGAGUAAUGAAAGUUUAUUCAAAGAAAUUCAAAAACACAAAACGACAAAAAAAAAAACAAAACAAAAUAACGCUAUUGAAAUAAAAAUGAACUAUAAAAAACUGUCUACAUAUCAUAAUAACCCAGGUUUUUUAUUACCUAUCAUAUUGUACAACAGUUAGGCACUGUCAGUUUUUGAGCAGUUGUUAAAAAAUAUUGAUAUUAAAGUAGUAAAAAUAUGUUGAAAAUCAUUAAUUUGAUGUAAAAGUUUAUUCUAAUGGCCAAAAGUUCUGGAUGUCCACAUGCUGUUUUUCUAAGUAGUGAGUCUGCUGGGUUUGUGUUAUAGUGUUUAAUGUUGUGUGAAUAGUGGGGGCUACGGUAAAAUGAUCUUUGGAAGCGGAACCAGAUUAACCGUUGAAACCAGUGAGUAGUUGUUGGUAUUUUUAUUUACCUGAUGUGUCUUUCAAUAUAAACGUCACUGUUUUGUACAAAAAAAGGUAACUGUUUGUUAAAAUGCUGUUUUUCUGAGUGAUGUUUGGUUCAGAGUGUCAGUCUGUAGAGUUUGUGUUAUAGCGCUUCGUGUUGUGUGAAUACUGGUUGGAAGUUAAUCUUUGGGAGCGGAACCAGAUUAACCAUUGAAACCAGUGAGUAGUUAUUGGUCUUUUUUAUUUAAGUGAUAUGUCUUUCCAUAUAAACGUCACUGUUUUGUAAAAAUAUAAAAAGUUACUGAGACAUGUUUCUGAUGAAUCAGGAUCAAGUUGAUAUACCAUGGAGGUUCAAACAUUAAUUAAAAAAAGUAACUGUGAAAUUUAAUCAUUUAUUCAAUAACGUUAUUGACCUAAUAGGAGAAGAAGUCCCUGUUGUUAAAAUGCUGUUUUUCUUAGUGAAGUUUGGUUCAGAGUGUCAAUCUGCAGAGUUUGUGUUAUGGUGCUUCGUGUUGUGUGAAUACUGGUUUUGGGAAGUUUAUCUUUGGGAGCGGAACCAGAUUAACAAUCGAAGCCAGUAAGUACUGAUUUGGAUAUGGAAGAAUAAUAUCGAUCUGGAUUGAUCUCUGGAGGAGUAAAUGCUGCAGGCUAGUUCAUGUCCUUUAGAGAUUUGUACCUUUUUAAAAUGUUGAGUUUCAGUUACUUGUUUGACUUUGUUGUCUUUUGAAAGUGUUUGAAAGUAUUUUAAAGUUGUUUUAAAUCAUGAGAGGGAACAUUUGAACUCACAGGUCUUCCUGGACUAUUUUAACUGAGUAUAUUUUUCAGUCCAGUUCAGACCAACCGGUCCAAAGAUUUGUAAUCUGCUUUUGUUCACAUGAGGUUUUCCUCUCCUGUUGCCUUGUGAAUGUUAAUCUCUCACCCUAACUCAGACUCUUGGUCAUUUUAAGCGUGUCUGAAUGUGUCUGGAUGGGUAAACUGUAGAUUUUCUGACUGUAGUUAGUCAGAGGUGUAUUUGUUCAGAACACUCUUGUUGUCUGACUGUGAGUAAAGGUCAAAGAUUCUGCUUUGGUUCUGGUUCUCUGAUGGUGGUUCAGUCCAGUCGGUCUCUUCCUCUGCCUGAUCAGUUUAAACAUGUUUUAUCAAUGAGAGCUGCUGAAAGUGAUGGAAAUGUUUAUUCAGGCCUGUAAAACAGAAAGGAAUGAAAAAAGUCUCCAAAGUAAAUCAGUGAAUCGUCUGCAUGUUGAGUUUUCUCAGUGAGGUUUGUGUCGUGAAGCUUCAGACUGUGUGACUUACGGUGGUGGAAACAAGAUUAUCUUUGGAAGAGGAACCAGACUUCAUGUUGAAGACAGUAAGAUGGAUGAUUUUUAUUCUUGUUUUUAAAAAUCUGACUUUAUUGAAAACUUUGUGCAGUGAGAAACUUGUUGAUCUGACGGUUUAUCCACAUGGAAUUAACAGUGAGAGAAAGAUUCACUCUUUUUCAUAUCUCUGCUUAACUUAAAGUUCUCUGUUAUUUAUAAAUAUGUCAUGUUUAAAUUGAAAUAAGGCUAAUAGUUUGUAAAGUUAAUAUUCCAGCUGAAAUCUGAAAUGUAAAAAUCCUUCUUUGGCUCAGUUAGACUUCACUCAGUUUGUGUCAUGAGGUUUAAUGUUGUGUGAAUGCUGGAUAUAAGAUCAUCUUUGGAGAAGGAACCAGAUUACAUAUUGAAUCAAGUAAGUGAUAAUCUAAAAUAAACUCAUUAAACUCGUGUAAAUAAGUCAGUAUUAUUAAUACAACUUUAAUUUAAAGAAUGUUCAAACGUUAGUUUUCCACAGAUCCAAAAGACACAUCAGAAAGUUCAGUGUCCUCACAGUUCUGUAAAUUUACACAUAAUUCACAACCAACUGCACUUCCUGUAUUAAAAAAAUAUAUUUCUUCUCUAUUCAACAAAUGUUAAGUUAAAAUCCGAUCUGUGAAAGCAAAGUUUGGUUGAGUUAUAGUAAUGGUGUCUCACAUUGUGUGAAUACUGGAGGUGCAGCUAAACUCGUCUUUGGAGGUGGAACCAGAUUAACCAUUGAACCCAGUGAGUAGUUAUUAAACUAAUGUCCUCGGGGGCCUUUUAAUGUUAAUUUUAUUGUUUUGCAGGAAAGUAUCAAAUGUUUCAAACAUUUAAAUCUUCAGUUAGAAUCAGGCUUACAUCGUCCAGACAAAAACUUGAUACAGUAAAAAAUAUAUUUAGUGAAAUCAUUUUAAAAACACAUGAAAUCUUUAUGAGCUGAAAUGUUCCUGCUCAUUUAGUCCAUUAUACUAACACAUCCAUGAACACAAUCACAAACCCCCUAAAAUACUAUUUUUAAGAUAUGAAAUGACUAACAUUCCCAUAUCACCCGUUAAUAAUGUUCAGUUUUAAUUGGAAAAAGCCCUUAGAUGCUAAAAUGUUGUUAAAAUGAGGUUUGGUUAGUUGUGUGAAUCUGCUGAGUUUGUGUUCUGGUGCUUCAUGUUGUGUGAAUGUUGGUGUUGGAAGAGUCCUAUUUGGGAGAGGAACCAGAUUAACCAUCGAACCCAGUAAGUGUUGAUAAAGAUUAUCAUUGUUGAUAUUGGGCUUCCUCUACCUCUCAUAAAUGUCUGUGGGUAAUUUAAAUCAGGUUUUACUUUUAAUCCAUUUCAAACUAAAAAUAAAUCCAAAUAUCAGCCAAACCAAAAAGUGCAUUCGAUGAGUUUAAUGAGCAAACUCAUUAAAUUUGAAAAAGUAUUAUUUUUCCAUUCAACCUGAGAUUUAAAUUAUAAAAUUGAUGAUUUUCUUAGGGAGGUUUGGUUCAGUCCGCUGAGUUUUUGUUAUGGUGAAUCGUGUUGUGUGAAUACUGGAGGGAUAGGAAAAAUCAUCUUUGGACUUGGAACGAGAUUAACUAUUGAACCCAGUAAGUAGAGAUUAAAUCAGUCAUUUACAAAAGGCAUUUCCCAGCAAUACAUGACAUUUUCAACAGCCAGGAUCAGAAUCAGGAUUUUAUUGUCAUCAAGCUCUACACCUAUAAGGAAUAAGCUUUGAGGUUUUUGGUCGUAAUGAUAAAUGCAAAAUAAAAUCAAAUACAAAAAUCAGAAACGCGAGACAUUAAAGUAACACAAUCAGCCAAUCUAAAAAGUGAACUAAGAGUUGAUUCCUGUUGAUUUAAAUGUUAAUUUGAGAUCAGAAGUGAAGCUAAUUAAUGUCUGUGUUGUGUAAUUAUUCAAGCACAAGUCUAAAAUGUAAAAAUAAUGGUUUUCUAAAUGAGGUUUGGUUGAGCUGACCUCACAGAGUUUUUGUAAUGAAGUUGAAUGUUGUGUGAAUGACGGAUAUAAGACCUUCUUUGGUAAAGGAACCAGAUUAAUCAUUGAACCAAGUAAGUAAUGAUACAUAUUUUAAACAAAACCAAUUAAAGUAAACGAGUUAUUAUUAGUGAUACGACCGUAAAUUAACUGAAGGACUCCAAAAUAAGAAAAAGUUUCUGUUUUCAAUGAACUUCAAAGACCGAUUGGGUGGAAAAAAGAUCCUUACUGUUGAAUAAAUUUACAUUAAAUUGACCACCUCAGAUUACACAGUAAAAAUGACAUGAUCAUGAACGAAGGAUGGAUUUGUGUUUGUUGAGUUUGUGUUACGGUGUUUCACACUGUGUGAAUGCUGGAGCAGGAACUAAAAUCAUCUUUGGAAGUGGAACCAAAUUAACCAUAGAGCCCAGUGAGUACUAAAUAUGUGCUGUAAAUAUCUCAGUGAUGUUACUGCAGUCUAAACUCUGCUGUUUAUACAUUUAAGUAAAACACAAUAGAAGGAGAAGAUCAGCUGGUUCUGAUCCAGAUGAACUGGAGAGUAAAAAAACACUAAAACUGUCGAAAUUAUUACCUAGCUUACUGUGAGUUACAAUAAAAUUAGAUUUAAAAAGGUUUAAUUAAGUUGUACUGUAAAGAACGGUUAUUUCAUGAGUUGCAGAAAUCAACAAAUCCUCAGUUAAUUGAUUAAAGAAAAUGAUCAAUAAGAAAAAAUGGCGUUAAAUAAGUAAGAGUUUAGAAAUAAAUCUGUACGUCAUGGUGAUUGAGUUCUUGAGCUUUUUAUAAUCAUCAUGACAGAAAACUGUUUCAUACAAUCAUCGUUUAAGUAUAAUUUUAACUCUUUAUUUAUGAUCCUGUUUGGAAAAUCAAUGAUUUGAUAGAAAAUGUGAUUAAAUCCAACAAAAAAAAAGUCAAAAUGUUGUUUUUCUAAAGGGAGUUUGGUUCAGUCAGUCGGCUGAGUUUGUGUUGUGGAGUUUCAUGUUGUGUGAAUACUGGAGGUGGAUAUAAAAUCUACUUUGGUAAAGGAACCAGAUUAACCAUCGAACCGAGUGAGUAGUUUUUAAAAUAAUAUUUAUUAAAGAUGUUUCUAAAAUAAAAGUUGCUGUUUUUCAGAGAAACAGCAGAUCGGCUAAAGAGUUUAAUUUGAGUCUUUCUACUAGAAUCAUGUUUUUAUUACUGAUACAGAAAACAAACAAAUUGUGUUCGAUAGGAAAAAUGAUUUAAAGAAAAUCUUCAAUUUCACCGAACAUAAAACUAUUUAUCAAUAAUAAGCUGUGCAUAUUUUUUUCAAUGAUUACUCCAGUUUAAAGUAUUAGAUGAAUAAAUAUUCUAAUGACGUUUUAGUGCAGCUCCUCAGUUUGUGUUAUGAAGCUUUCUGUUGUGUGUCUAUCACUGAUAAAAUCAUAUUUGGGAGAGGAACCAGAUUAAAUGUUGAACCACGUAAGUAGUAAAACAUAUUUUUAUACUUUAUGAAGGACACCUCAUAAAACAAACUUGCUGUAACUGAUUUGACAGAUUUAUAAUAACCCGAGUUAACAGCUGCUGGCAUCGAUAAAAAUGAUUCAUGAAAUUCUUCAGGACGAUUUUGAUUAAAACUUAUUUGUUCGUUUUAAUUCUAUCAAAGAUUAAAAUAGUGUGUGACCAAAAAAGCAGAAUUGUCAGAAAAAAACUUGGACUCAAUAAAAAAGCUGAAAUUGAGAUAAAAUAGAAGCAGAAGUAUUUUUUAAAUAAAGUUUUUUAUAAAGGGUUAGAAACGUUUUCAGUUUUUCUACUCUCCUUUCAACGUUAAAACUUUACUAAAAGCUAACCUUAUUUCUUAAAAUAUGUAUUUCUAAAUCUAAACAGCUGCUUUUUGUUAGAGGUGCAAAGUAAUUAUUCCAGCAGAGGUCUAAAACAUAAAAAUACUAUUUUUAUAAAUGAGGUUUGGUUCAGUUGACCUCACUAAGUUUGUGUAAUGAGGUGUCAUGUUGUGUGACUAAUGCAAACAAGAUCAUCUUCGGAGAAGGAACUAGAUUAAUCAUUGAACCAAGUAAGUCGUCAUACGAACUGUAUAUCAACACAAACUAAUUUGGAUAAUUUAACAUAAUAAAUAUCAACAACUAGUUUUAGAAAAAAACUUAAGUUACACUUUUUUGUCAAACAGAGGAUAUAUGAAAAUGUUUGAUUUGUUUGCAGUUCAGGAGAUUUACACCAAAUUCAACAUCUGAAAGCACUUUUAGUUUUAAAUGAUUAUUCCUCCACUUAACUAAAGACUCAGCUGUUAAAAUCCAAUUUUUCUUAAUGAAGUUUGGUGAAGUGUGUUGGCUGGUUGAGUUUGUGUUGUGGAGUUUCAUGUUGUGUGAAUACUGGAGAUGGAUAUAAAAUGUACUUUGGUAGAGGAACCAGAUUAACCAUCGAACCGAGUGAGUAACAAUGCAGACUCCAAAUUCUGUUUUAAUGUUGAAUGAUAAUAUUUCUGAUAAAUUAAGGGAUCUUAAAAAUUUGCAGUUACAGUUUUCCUGAAAUAUCAAAGAUUUGUAAAAAAGUUAAACCCUGCUGUUAUCUAUUCAACACCCGGAAGCGCUUUUGUUUUUAAUGUGCUGUUUCUUUAUGCAGCCAAAGGUUGUUAAAUUCAGAUUUUUCUAAAUUGGUUUGGUUACCUGUGUUGGUCGGCUGAGUUUGUGUUGUAAUGUUUCAUGUUGUGUGAAUACUGGAGGAAGAACUAAACUCAUCUUUGGAAGUGGAACCAGACUUAAAAUAGAGUCCAGUGAGUACUAAAAUCUAUUUUAGAUGAUGAAGCUGUCUUCCUAUCGUUGGUAUUAAAUUAAAAAAUAAAAUAGUCACACUUAACAAAAUCAAGAAUAAAGUGUUAAUGAUCAGAAUUGAUUGAAGGGUGAACAGCUGCUGAAACUAAUCGAGCUGAUUGAUUUACGGCUUUAGACUAAAACAGUCCUCAAAAAUUAAAAAUAAUCUUACAACACUCAGUUUUACAUUCCCAAAAUACAAGACAAAUAACAUACCACGUUAACACAUAAAUGACUGCUAGAAUUUAUCCAGGACUCGCUUAUUUCUAAUAAUAUUUAAAAAUAAAUCAAUAAAACUGAUGAUAAAUAAUUAAGUGUGAUUUAAUUCGACAAAACCUCCAAAUGUAAAAAUGUUGUUUUUGUAAAUGGAGUUUGGUUAGUCAGGCUGCUGGGUUUCUGUUAUGGUGUUUUAUGUUGUGUGAAUUCUGGUUACAACAAACUGAUCUUUGGGAGUGGGACCAGAUUAACCAUUGAAACCAGUAAGUACUUAUUCAGAGCUUUUAAAUACUAAUGUUGCUGUAUUUUUGCAGUGCUUCAAAUUUCUCAAACGCUCUGAUUUAGAGUCUUUCUUAAAUCAGAAUGAGGUUUUUAACAUAAUGCACGGUAUGUUUACUUACAUACAAGACAUAAGUUUUGGUGUUGUUGUUGCAUUACAAUCAAAAACAAGAGCAUAAAAAAUUAAUAGAAUAAAUAAAUCAAACACAAGUUCAGACAAUUGAGAGAAAAAUGUGCAAAGACAUUCAAUCAUUUAAAGAAAUUAAACUCGAUGACCUAACUGCUGGUGACAAUAACUAAACCCAUGAAAAUUUAAAGUAAUCAGAAUAAGAAGUUCAUAGUAACAUCAAAGAUAACUUCCAUAUUGAGAUUUAUUUUGAAUAAAAAUGAGUAUUUUAUAAAUGAGGUUUGGUUCAUAGAAUCCAUUCGUAGGGUUCUUGUUAUAGUUCAUCAUGUUGUGUGACUGGAGGUGCAAACCAGUAUAAGAUGUUUUUUGGAAGUGGAACCAGAUUAACCAUUGAACCCAGUAAGUACUUUCACUGCGUAAUUAACUGGAGAGAUUCGAAGGUUUUUAAGUAAAAGAGGCUCAGUGGUUGUCUUAAAUGAACUAACCUGAGUUGAUCAACUUGGCACCGGAACAUUGUCUCAUUAAAUAUGAGUAUUAAAUCUGUAACAGCUGGAGUCAGUAGCCCAGCUGUACUGUUGUCACUAAAUUGUUUAUAUCUAUUAUGUUUUUAUAAUAUCAGAGAAUGUAAGAUUUUUUUAUAAUAGUGGCAGAUGUAGUGCAGACAUGUGAUUGUUAAUAUUCUGCUUUUCUAUAGUUUAUGUAAAAAUUAAGACUAUGUUAAUGGACAAAAACACUUGAAUCAGAGCAUAACUGUUGUGUAGCUAAAGAAGUCCAGUUUGUCAAAAUCCUUAUUUUUUUAAAUGAGGUUUGGUUUUGUUGGUCACAUCAACACCAGACUGAGUUUGUGCUUGGAAGCUUUAUACUGUGUGACUACUGGGAACUGGAACAAGAUUUAUUUUGGAAGUGGAACCAGAUUACAUGUUGAACCCAGUAAGUGCUCACACAGAUUAUAGUACAGAUUGUAAAGAUUUCAGGUUUUUAAAGGGCUGGAUGAUUGUCUUCACCAUAUUUAUCCCAAUCAAAUGUCUUAGUGAUUUAGUAUGAUUCAGUUAGAACUCUAUAUUUAACAGCACUGUCUCUAAAACAGUCACAUCACAAACAUUAACAUUAUUGUGGAUGGACAAGUUUUAAUGAGCUGUAAUAGUCUCACAUUUAAAACUGCAGGUUUAGUAGAUGGUUAAUUGAACUGUUAUUGAUCAUCUGAGAGAUCAGUUUUAAACUGUCGCACAAAGGAAAGAAGUAGAUUUCUGCUUUGAGUCCUAACUGUCAAUAAUCGAAAAGAAACAAACAAAAACACUUUUUUGUCUUCAUCAUGUUUCUGGGUAACCUGGAGUGCUUCUUUUUACGAUGAUAGCUCCCUCAAUCAUACCAAAGAACGAUUUUGGAGAGAAGAAACAGCACAGAUUAGUUUACUUAAGAAAUAAAGUUAGAUCAGAUAAUCCAUGAAAAUUGUCUUUUACUUGAAUCUUUUAAAACAAGAAUUGUAAAUAGUUAAAAGACCAGACUGACGUUAGAAACAUCACAUUGUGAAAUUGUUACUUUUUUCAGUGAGGUUUGGUAAAGUUUAUUCCUCACUGAGUUUGUGUAAUGGAACUUAACGUAGUGUGACUGGAGGAAGUGGAUAUAAGAUCAUCUUUGGGACAGGGACCAGACUUACUGUUGAAACCAGUGAGUACCAAAAUAUAUCUAAUCUAUCAAUAUGAGGUUUUAAAAUGCGAACAGAGUAGUAUAGUGUUAUAUGAAAGAAAUCUGCUUUUUAGAACUUCAGUUUUUAUUUUCUCAGGAUCAAGUUGCAGCUUCAGAGUUAUCUAUAAAUUUACACUUAUUCAGAUGAGAAAUAUUUGAAAGAAAUCCCGUUAGUAUAAAUCCAAAUCACAACACAAGUCAAUAAUUUGUAAAGUUGAUAAAGCAACAGUCAAAACAUUUUUGAAAAUGUUAAAAAUUACAUUGAGCUUAAGAUGAGAUUUUUCCAAAAAGCAGUUGCCAGCAAACCAAACUUGUUAAAGAAUAACAGGGUGAAGGAUUCGUCAGACUCUUUGGACAUAAAAUUAUAUUUGCUGUAAAAAUCAGUGUGUCGUUUUCUCAGUGAGGUUUGUGUAGUGACGCUUCAGACUGUGUGACUUACGGCUCUGGUAGUUACAAGAUUAUCUUCGGAAGAGGAACCAGACUUCAUGUAUUUGACAGUAAGUUCAGUUAUUUAAGUUCUCUGGAGAAAAUAUGAAAUUAAGAAACUUUAUUCAUUAACCAAACAAUCAUCAGUAUCUCAACAAUUUAGUUAAAAUCAUAUUAAUGUAGUAUAAAAGACAAACACUCAAAUCAAUGCAUAACUGUUGUGUUUAGAAAGAAGUCCUGUCCAAGUCCAGUUUGUCAAAAUCCUUACUUUUUUAGAUGAGGUUUGGUUCUGUUGGUCACAUCAACACCAGACUGAGUUUGUGCUAGGAAGCUUUAUACUGUGUGAAUACUGGGAGCUGGAACAAGAUCUACUUUGGAAGUGGAACCAGAUUACAUGUUGAAUCCAGUAAGUGCUGACACAGAUUACAGUAUUAAAGUAUUUCAGGUUUUUAAAGGGCUGGAUGAUUGCCUCUAUCAAACCAAACAAAAUCAAUUAACUGAACAUGAAUCGAUCAGAAUAUCAGAUAGAGCAGUGUUUCUCAAACAGUCACAACAGUGUCUCAGCUGGACAGCAAAUACUUUAAAAUGAGUGUAGUUGGAAAAUUCUGUACAUUUUUACCAUUUGUUUAAUAAUUUGGUAAUUUCAGAGAAAAAUGCUGUUUUUUAAAAUGAAGUUUGGUUCUCUUUGCCUUUUGAAGUAACAAAAGUAUCCUCAUUGAAAAGGACUUGGAUUAAACUUUGAACAGAGGUUGCACUUAUUUAGAUCGAUUGAUUGCUGUAGAGCGUUUUAAAAACCAGUCUCAAAAUGAGGCAUUAAGGAAAUAUCAAAAAGAACCAAAUUUCUUCAAGUUCUUAACGUCAAUAAUAUACAUGGAUUUUUUUUCUUGUGGAUUAUGCAGCAGCUUGUGGAUUAUCCAAAGACUUAAAAUGUUAUCAUUUUAAUGUUUUUAGACCCAUUUAUCACAUCCAGGAACAAGUACUAAAAAAGAACAGUACAACAAUUAAUGAUAAACAUUUAUCAUGAACAUCAAAUUGUAAAAUUGUUAUCAUUUUCAGUGAGGUUUGGUUAAGAUAUUACUUUAUUAGUCCCACAGAGAGAAAUUUCAAAUUCACAUAAAUACAAAAAGAAAUUAAAGGAUGAAGAAACGUAGGAGUUAAAAAAAGAGAUGUAUAUGAGUUUUAUUUACAAAAGUUGGAAAAUUUAAGAUAUUUUUUAAAAUUGGAGGUUAAGUUUAUGCCUCAUUGAGUUUAUGUAAUGGAGCUUCAUGUUGUGUGAAGACUGGUGGUGUAAAUAAGAUCAUCUUUGGAGAGGGGACCAUAUUAACCAUUGAAACCAGUAAGUACCGAAAUAGAUUUAAAAUAUAGUCAACAGAGGUUUUAAAAUAUAAAGUCGAAAGUUAUCGUGGUAUAUCAAAGAAAUCUGCUUUUUAGAAAGUCGAUCUUGUUUCAACAGGAUCAGGCUGAGGUUUAAGAGUGAUCAGAAGACUUGAAUCCCCUAUAAUAAGACUGAAUAUCUUUAAAAUUAUGAUAUUAUGAUAGCAACAAUCCAAACUCCAAAUAUUUAAAACAAAUAUUUUAAUUUAUAGACAAAUUUGAGCAGAGAUCUUUUUAAAUAAAGUGAGAUUUACUUGACUUACAAAACCAAAAAAGGUUCAUCGGAUUCUUGAAGCUCAUUAAAAUAAUAUUUUGCUGCUAAAAGUCAAUAUUUAACAAAAAGAGUAAAUCAGAGUAUCGUCUGCAUAUUGAGUUUCUCAGUGAGGUUUGUGUAGUGAAGCUUCAGACUGUGUGACUUACGGCUCUGGUGUAAACAAGAUUAUCUUUGGAAGAGGAACCAGACUUCAUGUUGAAGACAGUAAGUUUAAAUUAUGAACAGAAGUCACACAGUAUAUUAUCUUUUUUGUUAGAAACCAGUCUUAAACUGAGACAUACACCAAGAACAGUAACUGAGGCGUUCAGCUCCAAAUGUCGGUAAUUCUUUCAUGCUGCAGUUUCCAAAGAUUCCAAAGAAAAUCACAUAAUUAAGACGCCAAGAAGGGAAAUGCGUCAGUAUAGAAGUUAAGGGUAACACUUUACUUGACUCCUAUCUCUAUAACGCAUCAUAAAUAUAUUUAUAAUGCAUUAUAAUCCCGUUAUAGCACCGUAUAACUAUAGUUAUAAACACUCAUAAAUGGUUAUAAUGCUUUAUAGCAAUAAUCAUAACACAUUUUAAAGCAUUUUAUCAUGACUUACAAGGUCAGGUAUUAUAAUGUGUUUUAACUGUUAACAGUAGUUGCAUUGCAUUAUCUAUGUGGGCAUUGUCAGUGAGUUGUUAACUGUUAUAACACAUUAUAAUAGCUAUAACGUGAUUAUAAUGCGUUAUACAUAUAUUUAAAAUGCGUUAAAGAGAGAGGCGUCAAGUGUUACCAAGUUAAGUACAUUAUAUGAGUUGUUAAAUUAAUUGAUCAUCAGUUCAGCAUUUUUUUUUUUAAUGACAAAUGUGUCUUGGACAAAUGUUAAAAAGUAGAAUGGUUGUUUUUUUUUUUCUUUGAAGUAAAGGUUUAGGUCAGUGGAGACCUUUUUUGAGUUUGUGUAAUGGGGCUUCAUGUUGUGUGAAUCUUGGUGGAUAUAAAAUCAUCUUUGGAACAGGAACCAGAUUAACCAUUGAAACCAGUGAGUACUUAAGAUCCUACUGCCAAUCAGUUAAAGUUUUUAAAUUUGAACAAGUAGGUGUUGUCAUGGAGAUGUAUCAACACAGUCAUCUAUUAAAAAUCUACCUUUAACUCAGCCAACAGUCAAUGUAACUGUAAUUAACACAAUUACUUAAAUCAGCAGGUGGUUGAUGUGGUUUGAUAGAGGAAAUCUAGUUAAAAUCCAAAAUGUAAAAAUCCAGAUUUUCUGCCUGAGGACUGGUUCUACUGAUCACACAAACUUCAGACUGGGUUUAUGUUAUGGGGCUUCAUAUAGUGUGAAUACUGGGAACCAGAAGAUCAUCUUUGGAACAGGAACCAGAUUAACUAUUGAAACCAGUGAGUACUUAAUUAAGAUCCAACAUCCAAUCAGUUAAAGUUUUUAAAAUAAGAACAAGUAGGUGCUGUCAUGGAAAUGGUGAUUUAUUAAAAAUCUACCUUUAACUCUAUUCAGCCAACAGUCAUUAAUGUAACUGUAAUUAACAUAAUUACUUAAAUCAGCAGGUGGUUGAUGUGGUUUGAUAGAGGAAAUCUAGUUAAAUCCAAAAUGUAAAAAUCCAGAUUUUCUGCCUGAGGAUUGGUGCUGCUGAUCACACUGACUUCAGACUGGGUUUAUGUUAUGGGGCUUCAUAUAGUGUGAAUACUGGGAACCAGUUUAAGAUCAUCUUUGGAAGUGGAACCAGAUUACAUGUUGAAUCUAGUAAGUACUGAUAAUGAAUUAGUGGGUCGUAAAUGUGGAACUAAAACUUUGAUGAUUUAAUUUGAUUUAAAUAAAAUAGAAAAUAAUCAAAAGAGUAAGAGUUAAAACAUUUUCAUCUUGACAGACUCUUGACUGAAAUACAUUUUAAAAAAGCUUGUAUUCCAGCUAAAGAUGUGAUUCACUUUUUCAUCUUUUUUAUUUUUUGGUAAAUGCAACAGUUCGAGGAUGAUGUGGUGAAAUCCAUCACUGCCUCUUUUUUUUCAGACAGGUUGAUUCUUUAUUAUACAAAUAUGCAAAAGCUCAGCGGUUUUAAGUUUUGCUUCACAGCAAUAAUACGUUCUUUUCUUAACCCAUGAGCGGCUCCAAAUCUUAAAUUUUGGGUCAAUUAUAAUUAAUUUUAUGUUGAUUUUAUUCCAAAUUCUAAACAAGAUUUUUCAUGGUUUCUUUAGAGUAGUUUUACGCCUUUACACCAAAUAUUUCCUUUUCACUGAUCGGUGCUGUCAGAAAAAAAGAUUUUUAAAAAAUUAAGAAAUAAUUCCUCAAAUUCUUUUUUCCAGUCAUAAAACUAAACUCCAGUAUAAUCAAACUACACAUUCAAUAAAAAGUGUGUCUGUAUGCAGACGAUGUGAUUGUAUUGUGUAGUUUUUGGUCAGAGCAGAAACACUGUGUGACUACAUCAGGAAAUAGAAGAUUACUGUUUGGAGAAGGAACACGGUUAACAGUGCACACCAGUGAGUAUGAUUUCAUCUUUAAAAGGAUUUUAGCUGAAAUUAGACAUUUAAUGGUUUAAUGUCAUUUUGGAACCAAAAAAAAAAAAAAAACACCUUUGCUACUGUCCAACAAAAAACAUGUCUAAAUCAGAAAAAGUUAUUUACUGAUUUGAUGUAAAUUGGUCUGUUUUAAGCAGACGUAGUCCGUGAUAGUCCGUGUGGUUUUUGUAGAGCUCAGAUCUACUGUGUGACUUCAGGGUCAGGAAGUUUCAAACUCAUAUUUGGAGAAGGAAUCAAACUAACAGUGGAGACCAGUAAGUAUCAACAUGUCGUACAUUUAGAUAUUAAAUCUAUAAGAAAUGCUGUUGAUGCAAGAGGGAGAGAGGCACAUUCAUAAAGCUAAAUACAGUUUAGGGGCAAAUGAGUGAAACUAAAAACUGUUUGUUAAAAUUGUUCUAAGAAUCCACUUUUUGUCGUUGUGGUAUUUGGUUAUGAUGAAGACAAAGUUUCACAGCGCUUAAAUCUCUAAUCUUAACCAUCUGUCUUUAACCUUUAGUUUUUAUUUGUAAUUUAGUGUUCAAAGUUCGUACUUAUGCAGAGUAGUCUGCUGUAGUUAUUGUUCAGGACAGAAACACUGUGUGACUACUGGAGGAGGAAACUACAAAAUCUAUUUUGGAAAAGGGACCAAACUUAUCGUAGAGUCCAGUGAGUACCGUGAAUUUACAUAUUUAUUACAGUAAAAAAACAAACAGGUGUUUUAUGUUUGGGUUUAUUAUGUCUGAAACGAACAGUAAAAGCCGGUCAUUGCUUUGAUACCACAGCAGUUUAGCAGUGCUGUAAAAAGACCAACAUACAGACAGGGUCAAAUAAUAAGAAAUUAUAUUAUCAGCUGUCUGUCGUGGUCGAGUGAUAGUUUUAGUGUUUGUGUACCUCUUCUUCACAACUUAAUUAAAAUAACUCUGGGGCUCCAAUAAUCCAUCUAAAAUCAAUGUUCCUGAUUAGUCCCCCAUCUGGCAAGUAUAAUUCAUACUAAAACAGCCAGUUACGUGAUAAAUGUACUCUGUCCUUACCCAUCAGUUAUUGUUCAGAGUGUAGACACUGUGUGACUUACACCGGGGCAGGAGGGAAACUAGUUUUUGGUGAAGGCGUCAGACUGACUGUUGAAACCAGUGAGUAUUGAACCCUUUAUUUCUGGACUUGUUCAAUAUUGACAUUAAUCCCAGGACAGAAACAGAUCCCACUGUAGUAAACUGCUUUUUCACCCAGUCUGUCAAAGAUUUUUGGACAGGUCCCUGAACACGCUGUCUACUUGUACAAAAAAAAUGUAAUUUAUGAAAAUAUAAAACGACAAAAUUCAGGUUUCUGAUCAGCUUUUUUUUUUAGUUUUCCACCAAAAUAAAGAAAUUUAAAAAAAAAAACAAUGACUAUAGGAGUAACUAGAGUAAUAUAUGGUGACGUUAUUUUUACAUGUUUAAAUCAGUAGAAAGUUAACGCAAACACUCAACUGAUACAUGUACAAAUGAUGAAACUUUAAAAUCAUUAAAUAAAGAUGGGAAAGGACCGAGUAUUUUCCCAUCAACACUGGGAAGUCUUAUCAUCUGAUCAUGUUAAGUUUUUACAGAUUUCACUUUGAGAGACUUUAUUAAAAUUACUGUCUGUAGGUGAGAUAGUUACGUUUAUGUGGUCACUUACUGUAAAAAGCUUAAAAAAUGUUUUUCAGUUUCUGAUAAUGUGAUAAAAGUGGAGCUUGUUGGUGAGCUGUUAGAGAUGGUUAUUGUUCAGGUCAGAGGCACUGUGUGAAUGUUGGAGGAGGAACCGGGAAAAUCUAUUUUGGAAAAGGAACCAAACUUACUGUAGAGUCCAGUGAGUACCAUGAAUUUAAAAACUUUUCAGUUUUUGUUGCAUUAAAAGUAAAGGCCAGUCAUCGCCAUAGAUAACGUGGUUCUUCAGAUAACACUGAGUUUGAACAUCAGGUCUCAACUUUUACCAUCUAAACUAUUUUAUCAAGUAUAAACAUAUUAAAACAGCCACUUAUGUCUUAAAUUCAGAUGUAAUUCUGGGCGUAAACAUUGUGUGAAUGGGGCAGGAUGGAGAAUAGUUUUUGGUGAAGGCGUCAGACUGACUGUUGAAGCCAGUGAGUAGAAAUUUUUUCACAGUUUCAUGAAAAAUAUUUUCAAUAAUCUUUGGAAAAAUUACAGAUCAUACUUAAAUAGAAAAAUCUUUCUGUUUUAUUAGCUCCUUUAACACUGAGCUCAUCAAACACACCCUGUUGUUUUUCACAGAUUAGAUUUUCAAGACAAAUUAGCAAUGAUAUGAGAUUUUUUUCAUCGUGAGUAAUAACAUUAAACCCAAAUACACAACUGCAGAGCAUCCAGGUAGAAAUGUUCUUAACAUAAUUGAUACUGGAGAAACAUCCUGAAAGGUAUCACAUGUAAAACUUAAUUUCAUUAAAUUGCGACUUUAUUCUAAUAUUUUUAGCUGGAGAGAGUUUUAUAGAGAUAACUUUCAAUAAAUUAACUCUUUUCCAGCUUAGGUUGUCACGUGGGACAUUUGCUUGAGAGUACAUGACACUGUGUUCAUUAAUCUGGGGUUAAAAAGACCAUUCAGACUAUAAAACGGAAUUAAAAACUGUUAAAUUCUCAGUUUUCCUGCAGAAAACACAUACUUGAUUCAAAUAAAAACUGUAUAUCCUAAUCUGCAUUGACUCCCAUCAUACACCAGCUCAUGAAAUUACAACAAAUUCUCUUCACAUUUCAUUUUCCAUGUAGCAAAAUUAUUAUUAUUAAAAAUUAAACUUGCAGAGAAAUGGGAUUAAUAAUGAUUUUCUAGUGAUACUAUGCAGUCUUAUUGUGAUUGAACUAAAUGUUAUAGUUGUACAAAAUGUCAGCAGUAGAGCUUGAGGAUGAAACAGUCCAGUUAUUGUUCAGGUCAGAUUCACUGUGUGAAUGUUGGAGGAAACAGGAGGCUGAUUUUUGGAAAAGGGACCAAACUAACAGUCGAGAGCAGUGAGUAUAAAGAACCUGAACUGGUUCAUCAUGCUGUUCAGUUUUCACCUCUGAGUGUUAAAAGAUGUAAUUACAACUGCUGGGAUUACUGAAAAAAUUACACACAGAAUUAACACUCAAAAGGUUUUUAAAAGUCAUUAUAAACAGAAAGAUCUAAGCAUACUUAAGUGAUCAUUUUAAAGAAGAGAAGCAAGAAUAUUAAAACAAAAAUAGUUUAAAACAGAAAAACAUUUGCUGAGAUGAUUAGUAAACAAAACAUACACAAAAAAACAGAAUCACUGCAUAGAAUAAUUGUGAUCUAAAAACAAAACGGACACCAAUAACACCAAGAAUCCAGCUCAGAGCAAUAAAGAGAAAAUACAAACUCAGAGUCUGGACGAAACCAAAAUCCUGUUUCCUGAGUAUUACAUUCAUUACAGAAAUCAUCUUUAUGCUGAUAAAUAAAUUCAACAGUUUGCAGAUGAUAUGAUCUUAUUUGUUUCAUUGCCGUUAACAUGCCUCAGUUUUUGUAGAGUGAACAAACACUGUGUGUCUGGAUCAGGAAACUGGAAAAUAAUUUUCGGAAAGGGCGUCAAACUGACUGUAGAGAACAGUAAGUUAAGUUACGUUAAUAUUAAUAACUGUUUAUCGACUGAACAAUGAGGAUUGUUUAAAUCACCUAUUGUAGAGAUCAUUAAGUAUUAGUUGUUAUCAAUUAUCUCCAAUUUAUUGAAAAGACAUAACUCCACUCCAAGUGAACUUUUUGAUAUUGUAGCGGCAUUAUGUGCAUUUUUAUUACAUAUAAAUGUAUAACAAAAAAAAGAGGCAAAAAAGACAUGGACUCUAUUCUAUUGGGAUAAAACUCUGUUACAAACCUAAUUCUAAACUUGAAACAACCCUGUAUCACUUCAGUUCUAAUUGUGUGUUGGUAAAAGUUCCACCAUUUGCAGACAAUAUGAUUACAUUAGUUUCUGUUAAGUUAAUGUGCUGCUCUUUUUGUUGAGAAAUUUAACACUGUGUGACUGGGACAGGGAGUAGAAAGCUAAUCUUUGGGAACGGCAUCAAAUUGAAGGUGGAACACAGUGAGUCUAAUUCAGUUAUUUUUAAUAAUCAUAAUUUUUAAAAAAAAUUGAGAUUUGUAUUGACUCAAUUGUAAGGACUCCCUGAAUUUUAGCUGACAGUUUCACAUUGUUUCUAAGAAGUCCAUUAAAUAAGUAAACAAGAUCUUAUAAUCAAGAAAGUACUUUUCUGCUUUUUUAUCUUUUAAAUUUAUUUAAGUUGACACAACGCAUGAUGCAUAUUAAAUUCAAUGUACCUGUUCUACACAAAUAGCUUUUCUAUUCUAUUUUAAAAACCUGUGAAGCCUCUUUUAGUCUGAAUGUUGAGACAAUAAUUAAGAACAUAGAAAAGUGGAUCGAGAACAGCUGAAGGUUUUUAUAGAGAAAACAAAAUGCCAAGAUGGUGACAAGGAAAAUUCUGAUUCAGUUUCUACAAGAGGUCAAAAUACUUUUUAAUUAUUAUUAUUUUUUUUAAACUGUUGUGAUUUGUUUGACCAAACAGAACCAUUACUCCACAUAUUAAUCACUGCAAACAGCCGAAUUUCUACCAACACACAGAUGAUCUGAUCAUGUUACUGUCAGCUUUUGCUGCAGUUUUUGUUGAGAGAUCAAACAAUGUGUGACUGGGACAGGAGGUCGGAAGAUAUAUUUUGGGAAGGGUGUUGAGCUGAUUGUGGAAAACAGUAAGUUGCAUUUAAUUAAUAACAAUUAUGACUAAACAAAAAAGCCAAACUCAUUAAGCUGACCAUUUAUCUGCUUUGAUUAUGCAAAAAUCAGUUCUUCUGUAUGUUUCUAACAAGUAAAUUAAAAGUAAAAUGUAUAUUUAGGGUUAGAGCAACAAACAGAUUGGCCCCUCAAGGAAAGAUAAAUUAGGAUCAAAAACCGUAAGUUUAUUUUGCUUUUCUUUCUGAAGUAUUUUACUCCACCAACUCCAGCAGCGAUGUAGAAACGUUCAGAGGUACUUGUCCUGUUCCUCAAACAAUGGAAAUAAACAUUUCAUUAAAAAAGGCCAUUUUAAGACAGCUGUUAGCGAUACAGACCAACACAAAACUGAGAUGGAGACAGAAAAAAUUCAAAUUCAAUCUUCAGAUUUCAGAAAUUCAACCGUCUUGAUUGAGCGCUUUCUGUCUACCAAAAUAUUUUGAUCCUUUUAACUCAACAGAACCCCAAAUUCAAACAUUUGUAAUUAUAAUUUGAUAAAUUUGUAUCUGUUUGUAGAUCAUGUGAUUCUAUUUGCUUCUAUUGGGUUAAAUGUGUUUUUGUAGAGAGAGCUAACACUGUGUGACUGGAAACUUGAAUCUGUUUUUUGGGAAGGGCGUCAAAUUGACUGUUGAAAAGAGUAAGUUCAAUCAAUUUUUAUAUCAAAGCUAUUGUAUUGAUCAAUUUAAGUAUAAUUAUCUCAGUCAAUAUUUGAUGAUUUGUUAAUAAAAAAAAAUAAUUUAUGUUCCUUAUAAGUCCGUUACAACAAGUAAGAGAAGUGUUAAAAGCCAAUUUACUAACUAUUCUUGAACUUUCUGUCUAUAUAUAAUUUUUUCUUUGUGUACAAACGUUCAGGUUUUUAAUUUAUCAAUACUGAUGAAAAUACAGGACAAACUCGUAGUGUGUUUUAACAGUGCACACAAUUUGAACCUGCUGCAUUGCAAAAAAUAGGUGAAAUUAAAUAUGAUUCGCUGUUUUUAAGUAUUUAACAAGUGAACUCUCAUUUAAAUAUUUCUUGAUUUUUUUGAAAACCCACUCUGGACAACAGAUUUGGUUAAAAAAAAGGUUUUUCAGUUUCUGAUAAUGUGAUAAAAGUGGAGCUUGUUGGUGAGCUGUUAGAGAUGGUUAUUGUUCAGGUCAGAGGCACUGUGUGAAUGUUGGAGGAGCAACCGGGAAAAUCUAUUUUGGAGAAGGAACCAAACUUACUGUAGAGUUCAGUGAGUACCAUGAAUUUAAAAACUUUUCACAGUUUUUUCACUGUAACUCUUUGCCUCCUGUUUCUGGUCAAGUUUAAUGUAUUCAAAAGUAAAGGCCAGUCAUCGCCAUAGAUAACAUGGUUCUUCAGAUAACACUGAGUUUGAACAUCAGGUCUCAACUUUUACCAUCUAAACUAUUUUAUUAAGUAUAAACAUAAUCAAACAGCCACUUAUGUCUUAAAUUCAGAUGUAAUUCUGUCAAUACAAAUCUUUAUUUUAUUCAGCAUCACUUAUUGUUCUGGGCGUAAACAUUGUGUGAAUGGGGCAGGAAGGAGAAUAGUUUUUGGUGAAGGCGUCAGACUGACUGUUGAAGCCAGUGAGUAUUAAUUUUUUCACAAUUUCAUGUAAAAUAUUUUCAAUAAUCUUUGGAAAAAUUACAGAUCAUACUUAAAUAGAAAAAUCUUUCUGUUUUGUCAGCUUCUUUUAACACUGAGCUCAUCAAACACACCCUGUUGUUUUUCACAGAUUAGAUUUUCAAGACAAAUUAGCAAUGAUAUGAGAUUUUUUUAUUGUGAGUAAUAACAUUAAACACAAAUACACAACUGCAGAGCAUCCAGGUAGAAAAUUUCUUAACGUAAUUGAAACUGGAGAAACAUCCUGAAAGGUAUCACAUGUAAAACUUAAUUUCAUUAAAUUGCCACUUCAUUCUAAUAUUUUUAGCUGGAGAGAGUUUAUAAGAGAUAACUUUGAAUAAAUUAACUCUUUUCCAGUUUAGGUUGUCACAUGGGACUUUUGCUUGAGAGUACAUGACACUGUGUUUGUUAAUCUGGGGUUAUAAAGACCAUUCAGACUAUAAACCGGAAUUAAAAACUGUUAAAUUCUCAGUUUUCCUGCAGAAAACACAUACUUGAUUCAAGUACUGAUAAAGUCAAAAACCUGAAUUUUUGGACAACAGAUUUCAUAAUCAAACAUUAAAUAAGAAGCGUCAUUUUGUAGAAUUGAUGAGUUUUGGCCCAGUUUAGUUUUGCCUCAGUAACUCUUGACACCAUGGAGUCAAUCUCAGGGUUAAAGUCAUUGGAUGUUUGACUGUGUGACUAAUUAUGGGAACAAGUUCUACUUUGGAUCUGGCACAAAACUAAAAGUUGAAUCCAGUAAGUUACAUUUGUUUUUUUAAAGAAAGGAUCCUUGACCAAUAGUUUCUCUGUGUUCAGGUUAUUUUGACUGUUUCUACACCAAUAACUCAUUUACUUAAAAAAAAAAAAAAAACUAAGCCAAAAGAUAAUGACAUUUCAUACACAUUUAUUCUAGUCAUUUAUCCAUCUUUUAAACCAUUUUAGUCAGAUUUUGUAUGUGUUUAUUUCUAAAAAAUUAAUGGCAGCAUUUCCAUUUCUAAAGUCAUGGAACUUCUUUUCUCAAUUCCAAUUAAGCUGUUUUAAUUCCUUUUAUAUCAUUUAAUUGUUAAUGGAUUGUCAAUAAUUUUCCCAUUAUUGAUGGAGCAGUCAUAGUUUCAUUGGGAUACAGUCCUUGUCGGUAACCUCUCGGUUUAUGCAGUUGUGUUUCCCAUUGUGUGAAUGGAUAUGGAAACUCUAAACUCAUCUUUGGUUCUGGCACACAUCUGACAGUUGAAUCAAGUAAGUUAAUUAUAAAGUUGCAAAACUUAUGGCUGAGGUCCAAGAGAGGAAUUUAAACCUUUAGCUAACCUUAAUGCAAAAAAAAAAAAAAAAAGGAAAAGUUUGCAAAACACAACAAACCUUAAAGACUAUUGGUUUGUCAUUUGUCCAAUGGUAUCCAGCACCAAACUUACAGGUGGAGAGAAAAACUAGUUGUUCUAAAAAACUCUAAUUCUAUGAUAGUAUUUGUGUUUAUUGGUUUUGAACAUGUAGAACAAAUAUAACAGUUUUUAUAGUCAUAUAUGGUAUGUUUCCUGUAUUGAUGUUACUUUAUUACGAGUGAUAUUGGCCCAUUAUUUUAACCCAAAGGUUUAUGUUACUGGGUUGGUCAUUGUGUGACUGGCUCUUCUAAUUUCAAACUCUUCUUUGGUUCUGGCACCAAACUUUUAGUCGAAUCAGGUAAGAUUUUGUUUAUUUAAAGAAAAAAAAUUAUCUAAAAUUACAAAAUUAAUCUAGUUUACUUGGUUCUAUGUUUAAAACUUUGCUGAAAUUUCUUAUCAGCUCGGUACAUACAAAAAAAAAAGAAAAAAAGAAAUCAGCUUUCAUGAGUGUUUUUCUCUAAUAUCUAAUUAUUAUCUUCUCUGUAAAAUAUGAACAUAUUUUUGGAUGUCUCCAUAUUUUUAACCCAGUAGAUAAUGUUUUCUGGUUGUUGACUGUGUAUCCGGCCACAGUAACUCUAAUCUUUGGUUCUGUUGUCAAACUAAAAGUUUCAGCAGAUAAGACAAAAAUUAAAUAAUCAAAAAUGGCCAAAUUUAGCCACUCCUGACCUGUAUCUAACGUUUUUAAAAUCGAAGCAAACAGCAGACACAAAAAGGUUCACUGUAGACAAAAAUAUUUUUUAUUGUUUCUCUUUCUUUAAAACCUCAUAGCAGCACUUAAUCCGUUCUGUAAAUAUAAAAACUGUUUUGAAUUAACUUCUCUUGCAACUUAUGCAAACUAGUCUUUAAGUGAUCUACUUUAUGUAGUCGGGUUAUUCACGGUGUGUCUGGACUCUCAAAUUCCAAAAUCAUUUUUGGUUCUGGCACCAGAUUAGUAACUGAACCAGGUAAGAUAUUUUAUUCACCUAAACAUAAUUUAGUCAGUUCACCUGCUCAGUUCAGGAAAAAAAAACAAAAAACUUCUGGGGGAAAAAAAAAGAUUUUUCACUUGUUUUACUUUGGACAUAAUCUUAUUCAGUGAUUUUAAACUCUUCUUGGAGUUAACUAGUUUUGGUAAAAGUAGUUUAAAUAGCUGUGUGUUUAUAACUCUACCAGUUAAUGUAAAUGUGGUUUUCACAGUGUGACUACUACUUCAGUCAACAAACUCAUCUUUAGUUCUGGAACUAAACUUUUAGUUGAAUUAGGUAAGUUUCUUUUCUUAUGAAACAAUGUUUAAUCUAAAACCACCAAAUACCAGCACUUGGUUUUAUGGGUCAAGCUGAAAUGUCUUUCCAAUCUUUACAUAUAACAUUAUGUAACAUUAUGUAUUUUCUGUCAUCUCAGAUCUGUCAGUUUGAGGGUUAAUAUACUUUUUAAUAACCUGAUCUGAUAAAAAUAGUUUGUCUCAUGAGGAAAAUAACUCGUCUCUAAGCUGAUGGUUUAUGUUAUUUGUUGAUUCAUGGUGUGACUGAUUUUUCAAACACCAAACUAAUCUUUGGCGCUGGUAUCAAACUCAAGAUUGAAUCAGGUAAGAUUUUGCAGAUUUUAAAAGAAACAAUAGCUAAUCUUAUAAAAAGUUCAGCCUUUAACUUUUUUUUUAAUCUAAAGAACCUGAAAUGUUUUUUAGCUUCUGCAGACAGAAAAUUUUGUACUUUAAAUUUUUAAAUAUUACAAUAUUUCUGUUCUCUGAAGUCUCAUUUCGGGAAAGUUAUAUUUUCUGUGGAUCCAAAAAUACUUUUGCAUUAAACUGGUUUUCAAACAGUUAGUACAUGACUGGGUUUGCAGUCCCACUGGUUUGUGUAGUUGGAUUGUACAUAGUGUGACAUUGUCUUCAAACACCAAACUCAUCUUUGGCUCUGGCACCAAACUAAAUGUUGAAUCAGGUAAGAAGUAUAAUGAUGAAUAAUUAUUAACAAGUGUAAAUUUAAAAUGACUACCUUGAGCUUUCAUACCUGGUACCUAUUUUUUUUAACCCAGCUCUGAACUUUCUGAAAUGUCGUUUAGCUUCUUUAACAGAAGGCAGAGAAAUCUGAACUUCAGACAAAAACAUGUUAUUUAAGAUUCCGUGAACAUGAAAAUAUUUGUGAAUGAAACUAGUUUUCAUAAAGUUAGUAUAGGUAACUUUGUGUUUUUAUUCCCACUGGUUUAUGUCAUGAGGUUGUUUAUAGUGUGUCAGUCAACAAACUGAUCUUUGGCUCUGGCACCAAACUUUUAGUUGAAUCAGGUGAGAUAUUUUCUUAUUUUAUGGAGAAUAAUGUUUAACUUUAAACUGAUUCAAUUCUGUUUUUUUUUCCCCACCUAAUUUUAAACUUGAAGAAAUACGUAACAGAUAAAACAUUUGGUGGGUUUCAUUUCUCCAACACAUUUUUGUGUGAUGGGAAUUAUUUUUCUGUGUAACUUGUUUUGGUAAACGUUCAGAUUCACACCAACUUUAGUAACAUUAAAAAUCUGCCAGAAAUGCAUCCCUUUUCUGUCCAUCCAAUAAUUUGUGGACAGUACUCAAAAACUGUUUGGAAUGUAUUAGACAUUCAUAAAAAUGAGCAAAUAGUUUCUAAACAGAGAAAACAGUCCGGGACAUUUUUGUUCAGUGUAACUUCACGGUGUGACUGCUUCAGCUGGAGGGAGGCUAAUUUUUGGAAAAGGGACCAAACUAACAGUGGAGAGCAGUGAGUACAAUAUAAAGUAUAAAAGCAAAAAAUUUGAUCAAAUUUAAGACUUUUAGUUAUCUAAUUUAGUCUUGCAGAAUGUUGUAGUUGUUUUUGUAUAGACUCUUUCAUUGUGUGAAUGUUGGAGGGAAGCUUCUCUUUGGCUCCGGAACAACUCUGCAUGUAGAAACAAGUAAGACAAGAUAAAACCUGAAAAAUAUGUCUGAAAUUCUUAUAAUACAACUUAUAAUACUGUAUAUGAGUUAACUUGGGUUAGAGGACAAAACCCAGUAACCAUACAAAUCAAAUUCACUUGAGUUAUUUUUUUAUAAUCCAAUCCAGUGCAUCUUAAAAUGUUAAUCUUCAUGAUGAAAUGGCAGCUGAGUAUUUUUAACAAAUCCAAUUGCAUAUUUUAGUUGUAAAUAAAGUAACUGGUUAAUUUGACCAUUUUUUUUUUUUUUACAAGGAUAACAAGAAACAUGAAAAUUUUAAAUAACUUAGAAAUACUGUACUGCUCAUAUGCUGAUGAUUUGGCGCUCUAUACGAUAGUUUGACUUUUUGGAUUUAAAGAUCUCUCGAGAAAAGAACUACCAAAUAUUUAAUGCUGUCAGUCAGAAACAAUGUUUUGUUGAACUGUUUUCCAAACCAUUCAGAUGUUAAAAUUACAUAAUAAUAAGUCAUAAAUUUUAAAUAGCAGCCGUCAGAAUCAGCACUGGUCUGAGGUCAGUGUUUCUGUAGUUGUUUGGAUCACGGUGUGACUGGAUCUGGAGGUUAUCGGAUGUAUUUUGGGUCAGGGACUAAACUCACAGUAGAAACAAGUAAGUUAUAUAUAUAUAUAUAUAUUUUUUUUUUUUUUUUGUGUGUCACCUAAACUUUGAUGCUUACACCAUUUUAAACUCUGCAUUUACUUAAUUUCUACAUACGCUUUAUUUUCAUCAUCAUCAUUUUGUGAGAUAUUUUCUCUACUCCGUUCACUGUCUACAGAAAAUUAUGAAAUUAGCUGCCAUAGUUGUCAAACAUGUUACCCAUUAAAUUAAAGUCAUGAUUGAGCCACUAAGUCCUCAACUAAAUCUCUGAAAGUUUGAGUUAGUCAAUUUUUCUAAAUCAGUGAAGUGUAUAUGUGCUUACGAAUUUGAUAGGACAGAGAGUUGAGAUUAAAUGUUAAUUCUGUGCAACAAUAAUGGUUGUAAUACCUUUUCAAACAAGUCUAGUUGUCUAACUUCUUCAUACUUCACAUUUAAUUCUGUCAGUUUAAACUUUAUUGUUUGAGCUCAAAUGGAGUUGAAAAAAGGGUGAAAAGAAAAACUUUUAAGAUUUGUUAAAUUCUUCAUUUAUAGUAGGUACAUUUUCUAAAAAUCUCUGACAGAGUUCUGAUCUGAGGUCAGUGUUCGUGAAGUUGUUCGAAGCACUGUGUGACUCGAUCCGGAGUAAAUAGGAUGUUUUUUGGUUCUGGAACUAAACUGACAGUCGAAUCAAGUAAGUUUAAUUUUAUCACCUAAAGACUGACACAAACUCCACUAUCUAAUUCUGUAAUCACUGAAUUUCUACUUCAGUUUUAAUAUUUGUGUCACUACAAAUGACAGGCAAUAUAUUAAAUAAUUCUUAAUAAGUAAUCGUGAUUACCAUUCAUUUAAAAAUGUGAAUGAGAAAUUUUGAAGUUGUAAAUUUUAAACAGUAGCUGUCAGUCAUUUCUGGUCUGAGGUCAGUGUUUCUGACGGUGUUUGAAUCACAGUGUGACUGGAAUGGGAAAUUAUCGGAUGUAUUUUGGUUCUGGGACCAAAUUGAUGGUCAAGUCAAGUAAGUCUGGACAUGAGACGAGAUGUGACUAUUGGCAUUGUUGUUGUUAAAAAUGAAAUUCUGUUUGGUAUUUCACAGAGACCGGCAGCAUUUAAAAAAUACCAGUUUCAAAGGAGACAAGAUUCACUGUGAUUUCACAGCAGUUUGUGAAAUUUGUGUUUAGAGUUUAUUUUAUUCAUAUAAUGACCCAAAGGCUUCAUUAAAAUAUCUCACUACUUCAUUUAUGUCUUAGUUAAAACAGCUCAGUCCAGGGAAACGUUAAAUGUGCUUAAUGUUCUUUUUUUUUUUUUUUUUUUACCUCUUUUAAUACCAUAUAUUCAUAAACUGAGUCUUUUGUUGUGUUUUAGAGAGUAAGUAUAAGCCUGAUACCUGCACCUCUGCAGAUUUAAAUUUCUAAUCACCGAUCUCUUUUAAAGGCAUUAUAUUUUUAAGUAUUACUAAAUAAAGCGAAACCCAAACCUGUUCCAGUUUUUGGUUUGUAGUUGAGAACUGUGUGACUGACUCUGGAGUGAGAAAACUCAUCUUUGGAAAAGGAACCAGACUGAUCAUUGAAACCAGUGAGUCACAAUUAUUAUCUUUAAAUAAUUUAAGAAAAACCAUCAGGAAUACAUCAGAGGUGUAGUCCAGUUCAGCGACUCAAAUCAAUUACUCCGACUCUUGAACUUUGAUCAGAUCAGGACACAUUGUUCCAAAACAUGAUACCGAUUAUGUUUCAGUUGUAGAUUAAUUAUCUGUGGUGGAUUAAGUUUCCUGCUGUCAAACAAACAAAAUCAUCUCUUUGGUCUAAAUUCGUUGUUUCUGUAUGUUUUUGGUGUUGAAUCUAAAAAUGAAACUCGACUCUAACAUUAUUAUCAUCCUUUGACUUUUUAGCAAACCAACAAAACUCCUAAACAAACCUUUUCAGCAUUUAUCUACAUUUGGAAUAUUUCAUUUCUUCAUUCAUAAAGAUAAGAACUUUAUUUAUCCCUGAGGAGAAAUUCAAUAUUAAGUUUUAAGCUGAUUUUUGUUUUAUUUUUACUUUCUAUAAUUGUUAAGUAUUCCUUUUUAAAUGUAAAAGUGAAGCUGGUUCAUGUGUUUCCUCUUUAUUAGUUUAUGUAGUGAAGUAUGACAGUGUGUGAAUGACGGGACAAGAAGACUCUUAUUUGGAGGAGGGACUGAACUAAAAAUACAAAACAGUAAGACACUGAAUUUUCAUUAUUUCAUAAAUAACUACAUAAAUAACUCUCUAUCAUACUGUGCCGGUCUCCCCAAAGUUCACCGUCUGUCGAAGACUUUGUUUUGUAGUGUUAGUCAGAUUAAAUCUGAUCUGUUGGAUUAUUUCCAGAUUAUUUAAAUUGAAGUCCAGAGAUUAUUUCCUGCAGUGUAUUUGCACUGAGAUGUGUUACUGUGUGAACUACGCGACAAACAAAAUAAUUUUUGGAUCUGGUUCAAGGUUGACGGUUCAAAGUAGUAAGUCCUUUUAAUCUUCAAACUGUACAUUGAAAUAUCUAAGAUGAUUUCUUUAAAGAAAUCGUUUGUUAAAUCAGGGUUUAAAGGUUUUCUGAAUUUGUAAACUUCAAUUUUUUUUUUAGACACAACUUUGAAAAUAUCGUCAAGCCUCGAUUUGCUGCUUUACGUUGAGAAUCGCUUUUAAGAUGUUAAAGUUUCUAAAGUUACAACCCAAUUUUCAUAAAUGCUUUUCCCAACUCCAUGUCGGCUGUGUUUUUAAACUUAAACAUUUCCAGGAAACUGAAAGACUUAGACGGAUCAUCUAAUAAUGUUUUUUUUUAAUUAUUCUUCCUAAAAUAUUUGACGUUAUUUAGUGUGGAGUUGAGACUGUUCAUAAGCCCAGAGGUUCUUGUGGUGAGAACAUUUACAGUGUGAAUGACGCUGCUCGUAAACUCAUCUUUGGGAGAGGAACCAAACUCUUCGUACAAUCCAGUAAGAAUAAAUCAGAACUUUUAUUCUUUAUUUAUGUAGUAGGACUGAAUUACAGAGAAAUUCUCAUUUUAAAAGAGUAUAAAGUGUCACCAGAGCUGUAGUUAAUGAGGCUGGAUAACAAGGUAAAACAAUAAACAAGAUAAACAGGAUAAACAAGAGGCGAAGGCGAGAAGUACAGGUUUGGUUAGAAAAGGAGAUAUAAAGGUCAGAAAAGCUUUGGCCUCUAAAAACAGUUAAACCUCUUUUUAAGAUCAUUUUCAGACGUUGACAUAACGAGAACUUUGGUCAUUCUUUGACAAUUGAUUGGCUGGUGUCCAUACCACUUUAAAUUACGCAGCAGUAAAGUUCUUGUCAGAGCUGUGCGGGAUGUGUGACUCAGUCUGGACUCCAAAGACUUGUGUUCGGGUCAGGAACUCGUCUUUUAGUUGAAACAAGUGAGUUCAAUUCAAUUUCUUUAAGGAGCAGUAAAUCAGCCAUAAACUAGAAAUAACUACUUUAAAUAUAUUCAAUAUUCAAUAUAAGCUGACAUAAAAACAAGAAAGUUAAUAUAGUUCAAUAACUUUAUUCAUUAGAGUGGUCCUGCUGUCUGAUAAAUAAGCAAAAAGAAAAACAAACUUACCUUCUUACUGAAACCUAAAGACGACCUUUAGGUCAAAUCAUUAUCAGUAUCUGAACUUAUCAGUCUUAUAUUAUUUAAUAUUAUUUCUGAGAUGAUCUGAGUUUUCUUUCAUGUUUUAAAUUUAUAGUUUUAAGAAGAAACCGAUUCUUUUAUAAAGCAGUGAUUUAUUCAUCAUUUAGACACUGCAGGUGAAGUUAAUGUUGUGUGUUUACUGAUUGUGUGAAUGAUGGAUGGAACAAACUCUAUUUUGGAGCAGGAACCAGACUGAAUGUUUUUUCAGGUAAAAUCAUUUAGAAACUGACUUUUUAUUUUAUUUAAUUUGAGAAAGUUAUAUCUGUGAUUUCAGUUUCAACUUGAACAUUCACACUUCAUCACCAAAGCGCGACCGUUGUGUUUUUAUGUUUUUUGGAAAUUAGAAACACAGUUGGUGAAGUUUGGGAGGGAUGGUAGACCAGUUUCAACAUCUUUUUAACAUUUUCAAUAGCAACAACAACAAAAAUCAAUGACACACACACAUUACUUAUACAAGAUCACACUUAAUAUUAAGUACUGAAAAAUGACAACACUGUCAUAUUUGUACAAAUAAAAUGAAAAUCAAACAUCCACGAAACAUGGCGCACUCAAAACGACAUCCACAAAAUAUAACAUUUAAAUUAAUGUGAAUUUAUUUUCUGGCAGUUUAUCAAAUAACAUUUAGACAGAAGGAUCAUCGAGUCGAUCAUGAAUUCUGACAGAUGUAGUAAAGCUCAGUUUGAGGGUCUCAUCUCUGUCUGGGUUAUUUGUGCUGCGGUGUGCACUGUGUGAACGCUGCUGGACAAAAAAUCAUCUUUGGGGCUGGAAUAAACGUGAACAUUCAAACAAGUGAGUCAAAACACAACAAACAGAUCCAAACACAAUACACAAACACAAGUGUGCAGUUUUAAUAUUAAUGUAGAGAAGGGGACUAUUUAAAUCUGUUUUUGUCUUAACAGUGAUGGAACAAUCACUCAAUGGUCAAGUUAUUAAAAGAUCAAUUUACAAAUAUAACUCAGUAUAAACAGGGUCGAUACUUAUAUCUGUGUGACUGUUUAAAAUGAAUUUUAAGUGUUUAGCAUCCUAAUUAUCCUUCAAACCUUUGAAUUUGACAAAACUGCUCAUCUGUCUUUUAAAAUGUUUUUUUUUUAACAAAAAGUGAUGCUCCAUCUAAUUCCUUUAUAAAACUCGCUGAGUAUAAAAAUUAAAAAGUGUUGAAAAGUUCUUAGUAUCUUAAAAUGGUCAGAGAUUUUGUGAAGUCUUUUAUAUGAUCCUUUUUUAAUGCAGUUACGGCAGUUUAGUGUUAGGAAUUGAGUUUGGUCUAGACCUGUCUGUUGAGAAGUGUGUUAAGAAAACGAUUGUUGUGAUUUAGUGCUAUAUAAAUAAAAAUAGAUUGAUUGAAAUAAUCUGGGAAAUCUAAUGUUUCAUCUCAAGUCUUAAUAACAUUUAAAAUAAUGACAAUCCAGGUGAUGAAUAUUUGUUUUCAUAAAAAAUUAAAAUGAUUAGUGGGUGUAAAAUGUAAGUUUGAAUACGGCUCAAUAAAUUAAAUUCAGUUUUGACUUUUUUUAAUGUGAAGCCACUGAACUGGAAAUGUUAAACACACAUUCAUCAGAAAAACACUGUAAUAAGUUUGACUUUGAACGGCUCACAGAUUUAUAAUCAAAACCGUUACAAACAAACCGUGGAGCAUAGAUUAUUGAUUAGUGUUAUUCUGUCUCUGUAAUGAUUGAUACUGAGAGCUGAACAUCUGAAUGAGUAUUCGUCAUCAGUUUAGUCGCUGUGUGAACGUGAAUAACGACAAACUUAGAUUUGGGUUUGGAACCAGAUUAUUCAUUCAGUCCAGUAAGUUCAUCAUUCCUUCACUUUUUCCUAAUAUCUGAACUAUUCUGAAUAUUUUAGAAAAAGUUUCUGCGUUAUUAUCAGUGCCAUGGUUUUUACCAUCAGGGUUAAAGAUUACGAUCAUACACCACAGAAAAUAUUACUUUAAAAAACAUGUAAAACCAUCUCUUAACUUUAUUGAUACCUGUUUAACAAAAAUCACAAACCUGUAGUAGAAACAGUCAAACAGUUUCUUAACAAAAAUGAAACUUUUACUCAUCUACAAAAAAAAAAAAAAAAAAAUCAUUAAGAGGUAAAACAAAGAAAAACUGAAGAUUUAUUUUUCAAAUACUCAAUUGAAAAAAAAUAGAUAUACUCAUUUUUUGGUUUUGACAGUUUUAUUUUUCUUACUUUAUAAAAACAAAAGUUUGUAAAAAAAAAUUUGGUUGCACUUGGGUUCAAAAUAAGAAAUCCUGUCAGAUAUGAACACAAACCUUUGAGCUAAAACUACAUAUCCCGAUGUUUAGCCAGAGUGCUGUGAAGGUUUUUGCUGCUGAGUGAAUCUUUGUGUGAAUGAUAACGUCAGGAUUAUAUUUGGAUCUGGAAUCAAUCUUUUCAUUGGGAUGAGUAAGUGUGAGACUUUAUACCAAAAAGUGAACUUUUUAAUGAAAUAAUGAGGUUAAUAUUUAGAAGGACUGCCUGACAGUAGAGUUUAAAAGACAUACAGGCUGUAUUUAAGACUUUAAAUGAACUGAUAGAAGUUUGAAUAUUUGUCUGAAUUAAAAACCAAAGGGCGUGUGUGAACAUGAAACCACCAUGAAGACACUCGGAUUUCUUACACUUGUGCUCAGGUUAACGUGAUUUUUAAAAAAGGUUUAAUAAACUCCGGUUUAAGUCUUUCUCUCCCUUUUUCAAACCUUCAGCUUCACGUACUUUAGAUCAGGUCUUUUUUGUAUUGGAACUAAAUAAUGUGUGAAUUACAAUGACAGGAAGUUCCUGUUUGGAUCAGGGUCCAAAGUGUUUAUUGUUUCAAGUAAGUUGGUUAUAAAAUAUAGAAAUUAAUUUCAGAGUUUUUCACAUUCAUAUCAUCGCACCUUUUUUUUAAACAAGAGCUUUACAAAUUAAAUCGACACAAUCAAUGAUUAAUGCUGUUUGAAAAGGUAAAAACUGAAAGAAACACCAGAGCUGAUAGAUGUGCGCUCAUUUAGAAAGUAGAAAUCAAGAAAUCGGGAUGAAAAGUGGUCAUUCUUAAAGUUUCGGGUUUUGCCCUCCCGGUGGAUGGUGCAGGUACUGCAAGUUAGCCACAAGUAGCCUUUAAAAGUGUUUUCUUGAUUUUCAGUUCACAAAAUAACUAUUUUACCUUAUUUAACAGAUUGUUUGUAUUUGACUUUGUGACUGUAUCGGCACUUUCACGUUGAAUUUAACUUAUUUUAAAAAAAGGAAAUGGUGUAUUUUUUAUUUGUUAUUAUUAUCCUGAAGUCUUGAUUAGAUUUUUUAAAAGGUUCCUGGGUUGUUUGUAUUUGCUGAUGUUUGUAUUUGGAAGCUGCGCUCGAAAAGACGGUCAUGUCUGUUUUUGAGUGGAUUUCUACCACGGUGUGUCUGUGAGUCGUGUCUGCUGUGGAGUUCAUUUCUUUGCAGCUCCAUUUUAUAUGUUCAGUUGUUAAACACGUCUCUAAAAGUGUUCAGCCUGUUGUUUUUGGUUGUGGACAGGGUUAUCGGUCCAUGUUGGAGAUCUAAUGAGUUCUCUCUCUGUGUUUUUGCAGAUGAAGUGAUUGAGCCGUCCUACUACAAACUGGAAAGUAACAACACCAAGGCGUGUCUGGCCACUGACUUCACCAGGUUCAAAGCGACGAAGAACACGUCUGUCUUUACCAACGGCCCCGAACCUGUCAGAGUACAAGGUGACUCUGAUUUCAACCAGGUGGUCUACCUAGACUCCCAAAAUGAGGAGAGUUGCAGUGCAUGUAAGUACAAAAUAUGAUUUGAUGUUUUAUCUCAUCAUGGUAAUUUGAUCUUAAAAGAAAUAAACCAAAAAGGUAAACUUUGAUAAAGUUUGUAAAUCUGACUAACCGUCUCAAUCAUGGACAGCAUUUUUAAAAACUGUUUCUCAGGCCCAUUAUGUCUGUGACUCUUCCUGAAUAACACUGAUAUCUAACUGUUUUUAAUCUGCAUUCAAAAGUUCAUCUCUGUCCCUGAAUAAUCGGCCGUCUGUGAUCUCUUUCAGUGGAGAGUGAAGGUGGUGCUUGUGGAGUUACUCUGCAGCCAGGUGUGUACUAAACAUGACUGGAUGGCUGUUUUCAAUUCAAUAUCAUAUGUGAAAAUAUUUCUUUAAUAUUUGUAUUGAUGCUGUUUGCAGAUCCGACGGUGAACUUCAUGUCUUUGACCAUCCUGGGCCUCAGGGUGAUCUUCAUCAAGACCAUCAUCUUCAACGUCCUGCUGACGUUCAGACUGUGGAUCAGUCAGUGUGAGUACCAACACACUCACACAAAUACCUCCAAUAAUUACUGAUUCAGCUCGUUAUCUUUACUCUGAAUCAUGGUAAAUCAUGGAGCUGUCCACCUUUGACACUGGAGAUACUGAAAGAGUCGACUCACAGCAAAUCCAACAGGAACAGCGUGACCCCUCUCGGCUCGGUUCUAUUGGGUCAUGGCCCAAAACAAUCAAAAAACACGUUAGCGAGACGUUAACAGGCUGUAUGUCGAACAAUCAAAACAUCAACAUCUCUACAGCUCUGAACUUUUCCUACAAACGAUUUGAGACUUUCGUCGACAUUUUUUUAACGUCAUUUCUUCUUCUGUCGAGUUUCUGUUCACAAUCCGACUUCCUACAACGCUGUUUGACUUCCUGUUCAAACUCUGGAGCACUCUCAGAGUACCAAGGCCAGUUUUGGUCCGACUGAGGUGGACACAUUCAACCCCAGCUACAUUAUCUAGGUACGAUAGUCUGGCUGUGAGAAACUCAAAUGAAUGAGAUUUUAGUCAGACUUUUAUGAACAAUGUUUGUGGAGUUCAGGGAUCUGCUUCCUGUUCAGAUAAAUAAAUAUCUGUUCCCCUCAGAGAGGAAGUGUGAAUUUAAGAAGUUUGGGAUGAAGACGCAGCUUCCUAAGGAAAUUAUAGGAUAGGAUUAUAGGACAGGUUGAAACUUUCGUUGUUAAAGCAAAUGGAUGUUACAAAAACUGCAGUUCCAUGAAUGUCCACUAAAGGCUGCCACCAAAAGUGAGCUAAUCGCCAUAGAGCUUCAUGUUAAAAUGUAAAUCUUUACACCAGAAGUUAGCAUGUUUACAGCCUGGUGCUUAAAUAGUUAAUAAAUAAGAGUUUUUGGUCUCCUUAACUCUGCUCGUACUUUAUGGAACACAUCAGUUUGUUACGGCUAAGAGUCACACAAACCGUUUAUAAAAGUUAGGGGCGUGGCCUUUUUGAUUGACAGGAGGAUCGGCUUUGCCCUCCAUCUCUUAGCCUGGUUCUAGAUAGUCAGAGGUUGGUGUGAAUCAGCUUCCAAUAUGGCGGCCUCUAACCCAUGUGUGACAUCACUCAAAUCUGGAUCAGGAUCAAUAUUGAUAAUCAAUAUUGUCUGAUCAGGUUUCUGUGAUGGUUUGAAUCUCUGUGCAGGAUUAUUUAGAAACCCUGCUCACGCUCUGUUCUCAGUUUUUACAAAUUAAAGCAGAAAUAAAUAAAAUCUGUUUGAAACUCUAUUAUUUAAGUUUACAGCGUCUAUUUUAACACAGUAAUUAAAUAUCUUUAUUUUAUGUCUUACAGAAACUCGGCUGAUCCUCCUCAGAGAAAAACCUCCUGAAGGAUCUAAAGUCUCAGAAACUUCAGCUCCACGUCUUCUUACUUUGUAAUUUGUGUAAUAAUAUGUAAAGAUAUUAUACUUGCUGUUAAUGUGUUUAAAUACCACCUACGAUCGCAGAAAAGAAGGUUUCCUGUGGUUCUUGUGAUCGUCUUGUUUUUUUAAAUUGAUGAUGAAUUUGAUGCUUUCUGUCCUGUUUUUGUAAAUAUCUCAUUUACAUUCAAUCUAUUGUAAAAAAAAAAAAAAACAAAAGCAGAAAAAAAAAUGCUCUGUGUGACCUUGUUCAAUAAAACAUGUGAUAAUAGACCAAACUGCUGUGGUUCAUUACUCCUGAAAAAAGGUGAACUUUGGAGUAAACUGCAUGUUCCCUUUUCUGUAUUUCCUCCAGAAUUUACUUUUUUAAAUAAUUAAUAAUCAAAUUGAUCUUUUAAAAAAUAAAUCCUUCCUCUGUCUUUUACUACUUACACACUAAUUUAGCUGUUUUAUGGUGUUUUUAUGAGCUGUGUGGGAUCAUUUAAUGAUCAAACUGAAGUCACAGGUUCUGGUUCGGUGUAAAUGUAUUUUCAGGGUUCCUACGCAGGUAUGGAAAGUUUGGAAAAGUAUGAAAGUAGUUUGAUCAAUAUCCAGGUCUGAAAAAUUAUGGAAAAUGAAAAGUAAAGUAUGGAAAAAUAUUUGUGUUUCCAGACUAUUACCACAGUUCUAAUUUACUGUUUUCUAAAAAUAGAAAAGAAGGAAUUUCCAAAAAUAAUUCUAAGAAGUCGGGUUUGGAAAAGUAUGAAAAGUCCAACUGUGUGACCUCUUAAUGAAUCAGGAUAUGGUGGCUGACAGACAAUGAGCAGCUAAACACACAAACAUGACACCGGAGGUGACGAUCAGAAUCCUUAAAACUCAGAAUGAAAGUCCGAUCAGUCGAUACCAGAACCGGCCCGUCUGACUCCAGACCUCAUGAGAAUCCUCCAGUGAGAUCAGAGACUCGAACCCUUCACCGUCUCAGUAACACUUCCUGUUAAAAAUCACUACUAAUUCAUUUUAAAUGUAUUCACACACACAUUUGUAACAGCUUUUAGCAGUGAGUUUAUGACUGAUGUGUUCUGGGAUCAUAUUUAACUGUGAAUAAACUCAGUGUUUACAGACGUACAGAGUCGACAUGUUAGUGAGACAUUUCACUGACAGAGAAUCAAGGAUCACUGUUUUAAUUAAUGAUAACUUUUAUUUUUAUAUCACUUUUAAAAACAGAAGUUUACAAAGUGCUUAGACAAACAGUCGUAAAGCUCAGAACAUUAGGAAAUAAAAACAAGUAAAAAACAAAAGCUCAUUAAAAACAAGACCUCUGAGUCGAAGGCCAAUUUAAUUUGACAUAAGAACCCAGACUAUACAAGAAACCUACAACAUAAAAUGAGACCAUGAGGAUCAAAAUAAAAACAUAAAACAGGUAAGAAAAAGAAAUGUAAUAAAAAUAGAAAAGAAUUGAUGAAGUUAAACAAAUGGUUUUCUUUAAAUAAGUUAUUGUUAAAUGAAAGUAAAACUAUAUCUAUGUUGUUUGGUGGUAAAAGGACUAACACUGAGGUCAAACUGAAUUUACACGAUGUGAAAAUUGAAAGAGUAUUUGAAACUAAGUUUUUUGGAGUAAUAAUAGAUAAAGUUUGUUGGAAGCCUCACAUAAAAUAUGUAAAACAGAAAUUAUCCAAGUCUAUUAUCUCUAUUCUUUAUAAAACAAGAGAUUGACUGAAUAAGAACUGCCUUCAUCUGCUGUACGUUUCACUCGUGAUGCCUUAUAUGACAGACUCUGCUGAAAUCUGGGGAAAUAAAACGAAUUCAAUAAUUAAACUGCAGAGAAAAAGAGCUAUUAGGAGAAUAAAUGAAGUUGGAUACCGUGAUUCUACAAAUCAGCUUUUAUAAGAUCACAAACAAUCAAAUUUCUGGAUAUUGUUUAUUUAAAAACAUUAGAAAUUAUGUUUGGAGUGGUAAAUAAGACAAUUCCUGUUAGUAUUCAAAACAUGUUUAAGCUAAAGCAGAGGAUUAAUAACUGAAGGGGGCGCUAAUCUUUGAAACUUAUAAAGUCAGAACUAAUCCAAGUACAGAUGUGGGUCAGUUUGGACUAAACCAUGAAAUAAAAAUGAAAUAAAGAUGAAAUAAAGAUGAAAUAAAGAUGAAAUAAAGAUGUGUAAUUCUGCUGGUUUUCAAGAAGACUGUAACAUUAUCAAAGAUUACGAUGAAAUUUGAUUGAAUUCGAUCUUUCAGUUUAAGCUCUUCUGUGUUUUGUAAUGAUGGACCAGUUUAUGAUAAACUGUUUUAGUGUGAAUUAUUCCCAUGAUGGUGCAGGAUAGACUAAAGUAAGCCUUGGGGCUUCAGCCUAUUCCUCUCUGUCUGAUGGGUUCUUUUGUAAAAAUAUGUUUUUUUUUUGUUUUUAAACCGAAAUAAAAGCAUUCAUUCGUUCGUUCAUUCAUUCAUCCAUUCAAAAAGGGGGGUAGAAAGCAGGAAGCAGGAUAGUAAAUAUAAAACGACGAUAUUAAUAAGGAUAAUCAAAUCAUAUAAUAAUAAUGAUGGUAAUAUUAAUGACAAAAUGGAAUAAUAAAAAAUAGGCAGGAAAAAUCAAUAAAAGUUUAAAUAAAAGAUUUUAACUAAAACAAAGACAAAAAAGACAGAAAGUCGAAUUAAGAUAAAAGAGGUAAAAGAGAAAAGAGGUACAUAAUGAUAAGAGCUGUUAUGAGUGUUCAUAUAUCAUAUAUACAUAUAUCAUAUAUUCAUAUAUCAUAUAUACUUAUAUAUUCAUAUAUUCACUCAUUAGGAGGUUUCAGAGUUCAGUUUUCAGGUGGAGAGACGGGAAUUCAGAGCGUCAGCUGAGAGGAAACGAACCAGAAACAGGACGAUGACUGAACGGAAACUACACACAGAGCAACUCACAGCUGGGUGUGUGUGUGUGUGUGUGUGUGUGUGUGUGUGUGUGUGUGUGUGUGUGUGCUUGUUAUUCUACCCACUUCCACUCCACCUGGUUUCCACUCACACUCUCCCACAGUGUGCUGCUUUUAUUUUGAGGUGUUUGAUGAGUCAUGAGGUUCAUAAGAACCUUUAAAAAGUACUAAAAGUGAUCAAAGUUCCUGAUGACUUCCUGUUUUAGAAGAUAGAGUCAUCUGCAUAAAAAUGAGCUGAACAACCGUUGAUAGAAGAAAGGAUGUCGUAGAUGUAGAUAGUGAAGAGCAUGGGGCCUAAAGUUGACCCUUGUGGGGCGCCUUAACCAGGAACCAAACACUGGGAUCCGGUCUGACCUAUUUUGACACUGAAGUCUUAUAUAUGAAUAAUUCUUUAAACCGAGAACAUUUUCAGAGAUUCUGUAUGAAAGGAUUUAGUUAAAGAAGGUCGUGACAAACACUCGAAAGUUUGAGUUAAAUCAUUAAAAGUCAUCAUGUCGUUUGUGGCGCACUUUGUGUUCUGGUUGAUUCUGAAACUGGACUGUUGUGGACUGAGAACGAUGUUGUUCCUGAUCAUCACUGACGAUUGAUUCUGCUGAGAAUCAGGGAAAACCUGAUCAGUACGAUCCAGUUCAGCUCUGACUGUUAAAAACGCGACGUAUUCACAUGAGAGCGACUCGAACUGAUAAACACACGUCAACAUUUUAGUCCAGCUGAACUCACACUGAAAUGAAUUUCUCCCGGUCAGACUAACAAACCCCGAGAACGUGGUUGUGGAUCGAUUUGUACGUUUUCGCCACAAUCAGACCCAGACUGGCCUGAGCGCUCUAAGCACGCUCACAGUUCUGGUUUCUGACCCUGAAGUCAUGAAUGUCCAGAGAGGAGUGAACGAACCUUCAGCAGAGAGAAAAAGGACAGACGCUGAAGCUGUGGGAUCUCAUGUGUGAAACUUACAGAGCUGUAAACGCUCGACGUUCACCUGAUAACCGUCUUAGAUUUGUGAACAAAAUGUUUUUAAUCAAGGCGCCGUGAUCGUCAGUCUGCAGCUCAGUCUGGGUUCACCUCCAGAGUUUUCAUCCAGAAACAGUCCGCUGAGUGAACCUGAAAGACGAGAGUCAAGGCUGUGUCUUCAUGUGAAGCGUCUCAGGUUUCCUUUAAUCUGCUGUAAUCUAUAAUCUGUAACAGUAAUCUAGAGAAAACUUUAGACUUUCAUAACGAGGCGAGAGAGUCGGCAGAAAAUAAACUGAGGGUCUGCAGACGUGUGAAAGUCAAUGUCAGCUUCAUUUAUAUAACAUGUUUAAAAACAGACAGGGGCGACCAAAGUGCUUUACAGUAAAAUAACCAGAAACAAUAAAAACUAUAAAAACUAUAAAAACAAUAAAAACAAUAAAAACUAUAAAAACAACAACAUAGAUAAUAUACAGUAUAAUCAUAUUCAUAACAGCAAAUGUAAACUAUACAUCAGAGUCGAAGGAAGUGUCUCAGUUGGUUUGUUUAAAUGAAGGUUAAAGGUCGUUGAACGUGGUGGAAACAGAGACGUUUGAGAGUUUGAGUAAAACCUGAGAUUAUCUGAAAACAGGUGUGAAUUUGAACAGAUUAUGAGGAUGAAAUAAUCCAGAUUAAUCCUUAAAGACUUUAACGUUUAUUUAGUUCACCGUAAAUUUAUUUAAAGCUUCUUUUUUUAAAGGUGUAAAUCUGUAUCUGUCACAGUGUUUGUUCCUGCGAUCUGAUUGGCUGCUGCUGCUGCUGCUGGAAAAUCAUCCCCCUCACAGUUUCCACAGGAUGUGGUCGCCCGAUGAAGACGAGCUGCACGAAGACGCCUGCGUCAGAGGCGGAGGCGGCAGCGGUUUGUGCCUCAAAGCCUGCUGGGACAGGAAGUGUGUGUGUGUGUGUGUGUGUGUGUGUGUGUGUGUGUGGGCGGUGCUGAGGUGUCUUCAGGUGUGGCCUCAGAUCAGCGUGAGAAAAGAGAUCAGACUGAAAUAAAUAUGAAUCUAAACGUGUGUCUGCAGGUCAGGUGUGAAUAUAAGUGUGUCGCUCAGUGUGUUCAUGGUGUGUGUGUGUCUGUGUGUGUGUGUGUCAGGUGUGACACACAGACACAGGUGGACCCACACACACCUGCUCAGAGUCAUAAAGUCACCACAAAAGCCCUGAGUCCACAAAAAUACAGUUUUACUCCUCGGUCAUUUCCUGAUCCAAGAACUAAACUUCCUCACCCCUCUCUCUCCCUCUCUCUCUCCCUCUCUCUCUCUCUCUCUCUCUCUCUGUGAAUUUUACUAAAGUUUGGAAAUAAAGUCAAUAAAUCAUCCAGACUGGUUUUAAGUUUUAGAAAAGUAUGAAGGUCAAAGUUCACCUGAUGGUCUUGAUAAAGAAAAGACAGCUUCAUUACAGCCUUUGUUUAUUUUCCGGUCAGAGCGGAGCAGGUCGAGUCGUGUUUUCAUCAUCUCACUAACAUCUCUGACUUUGGUCCUUUUACAUGUUUCUCUUUAAAACUGAUUUAUUUUAUGAUCAGCAGAUUUAUGUGUCCAGAUCAGGACCCUCACCCGUCCAUCUCAUCGGUUCAUGUUUUAUUCUGUGUGAGUUUUUCAUGGGUGGGUUCGAGUCACCUCUGUGUGGUCUCAUGUCUGUUUUUGGUGUCCGUGUCCUGUUGACUGAUGCUGUUUCGUUACGUCUGUAUUUAUGAAGCUUUUUUAACCAAAAUCUAAAACUGUAAAACUACAUUCGACAUCAGCCUCCUCUCUUCAGGGACAACGUCUGCUCAGGUGUUUGUUUGUGUUAGCAGCGUCCACAACCUCGAGUCAGACACUUUUCAUCGCUGUUUAUCGUUGCGAGGUGAUGAACGCUGCCGGCGGCGCCUCCGUUUAUCUUUGUGGUGACCAUUUUUUCAUUUUUAAAAACUCAGUGUGCUCCAUAUUUGCUUUUAUUCAAUCAUAUUAAAGAAAACUCAAACCAGUUUAUAUAAACUGUUUCAAAGCAAGAGAGAGAAAGUCUGCUGACAUCAUUAUUGAUUAAUCAAUCAAUUUUAUUGAUAAAGCACUUUUUAUACAGGUCAAACACUGAAAAUAAAAACACAAAUGAAAAUAAAAGAAUUAAUGACAGAAAAUGGGACAUUUACAUGAUUAUAAACAGGAAAGGUAGAGACUAACACACAAGGAUGUAAUAAAACAAAUAACAUCAAAACUUAAAAAAAUAAAAGAUAAAAAUAUAUUCAAAGGUCCAAAAAGAGAAAUCAAGUGUAAUUAGUUUAAAAUGAUAAAAAUAUUAUCAGUUAAAAAUAAAUUAAAGCUCAAAGGGUUAAUAAAAAGUAUAAAAACUAUAACAGCUGAGAAUAAACCAACAAAACAACAAUUAAAUCUGUUUAAAACACCAAAUAAAAACAUUUUAAACAUUAACAGGAGUCCAUCCUUUGUCAACUUUGAUUGGCCAAUAGUCAGGAAGUAACACUGAAAACUGAGGUGGUGUUGGAAAUUUGAAGAGUGAUCAACAGAGAAGAAAAAACUGCUGAUGCUGAAGACGUGACUGUGAAGUACUCUUCUCUGGAAAUAAAAUUAAUAAUAAUAAUAAUAAUGUUUUCCUGCUGAGGGUGCGUGGUGCUUUAAACACUGAACUGUAUUAAGGUUAAAAUAGAAAAUCGUCUCUGCCAGUCCAAGAUAAAACCGUCAGCCUCUGUAAUCGAGUGUCUGAUCUUCUUUAUUUUAAAGUAAGUUUAUUUCUUCUCCUUUUUGUCUUUCAUUGUCGUCCUUCUUGUUUUUGUCGGUUGAUUGACGUGUGAACAAGAAACCCUCCUGUUAGUUUAUCCACACAUAUUUAUGUCCACUGUGAGAACUGUGUCGUCAUUGUUUCCCCUCUCAGAAAUUUAGUCCUUUAGAAUCAGAAUCCGGUUUAUUAUCAAGAACACAUGCAAGAACUCCACGUUAGUGUUAAAACAUUGAACACAGAAAAAGAAUAGAUGUAAAAAUAUGAAUACACAAAUAUAAAAAAGGUCAAAAGGCUUUUUUUAAACAGUACUAUGACCAUCAAAAAAAGGAACAAUAAAGAAGUUUAAUUUAUUAAAAUGGUUUAAAACUAUAUAAAUCAAUACUUGGAAAUAUUGGCUGAAUUCUCCAUGGACAGUUCAGUUUUUGUGCAGAAUGAUGUGAGUGCAGAGGUAAACCACAAACAACAAACAAACCCCCACAUCAUUAUGAACUGAUGUUUGAACCAUUUAAUAUCCUCGUCUGUUUUCUCAACGAAAACCUUAAAAAUAUAAAAAGUUCAUCCCCGUCCUCAUGAUGAAGAGACCGCUGACCCACUUUGACUCGCUGUCACACCAUGACUGAGAACUUUAGUGGUUAUGAAACUUUGUUUGUUUGUUUGUUGAGUCUAUUUUUUUUUCUGCAGCUUCGGUGCUAACAGGAAGUCAGCAGCACAUCACACAGGAAGUGAAAAAAAAAACAGUAAUGAGGGUGCAGCAGCAUGAAGCUUUGAGGUCAGAGUCUGACAAACAUCCGCCAGCAGACAGGAAACCUCAGAGCGUUUCCAACACGUGGUGGAAAACAAAAAUGAGUGCAGCUGAAAGAGUUUCAGAACCAACAGGAACUUUAAUUAUGACUGCAAAUAAACAUCAAAACAUGUUUACGCUCAAUUAUCAUCAUCAUCAUCAUCAUCAUCACCACCACAGCGAAGUUAACAACCCUGUCCUCUGUCCUUCACCUGUUGACCUCUGUUCAGAGACAGUUUACUGUGACACUCACUUCAUCAUGUAG